AUGGCAUCUGAUGAAAAGGUUUCUUGGGUCCAAAAUCAAUAUGCCAAAUACAUCCCGUCCAAGAAGAGGUCAAAGUUCAAUAAAGAUAAACCAGGUACUGGAUGUUCCAAUACUGCUCUGUUACUGCCAGUUUGCAGAAAAACAUUUAAUAUGUAAAACGGAAAUAUGCAAAUUGCGUAUCAAACCCAGAGUCUCAAUUAAUACUCUUCUUUAAAUUGCAGUUUUAAGAUCUGAACACAAAUUACAGCUAAUGAAGAGCGUGUGGAAUGCUUGUUCUGAAAAAAAUAAAUGAAAGGGACACUAUAGUCACCAGAACAACUACAGCUUAUUGUAUGUGUUCUGGUGGCUUUUUGCAGUAAACGCUGUGUUUUCAGAAAAAAUGCGGUGUUUACAUUACAGCCUAGGGAUACCUCCACUGGCCACUCCUCAGAUGGCUGCUAGAGGUGCUUCCUGGGGCAGUGCUGCACACUAUGCAACACUGACAUUCAAUGUCUCUACUCUCUACAAAAUUGCUGUUUGUGUGCUAACUAUUGAUAACAUGUUCAAAAUAAAUGUCACUGUAAAUGCUUUUGAAAGAAAAAGAACUUGAUUGUGAAUAGGUUAAUACUCUGUAUGUUCAAGACUCUAACUCCUCUCAUGCAUGCCCACAUCACAGUAAGAAGGCUCACUGAAAUCACAGUGUGUUUUGAAUGCCCCCUUACUGACUAUUAUGUUCACCCCUUAAAACCUUGGUGUGAGCAUUAAAAAUGAAAUUUAGAUAACAUUUGUAUCUAUUUUUAUCCUUUUUCAUGUGCAGUGUGGAGGAUUUUGACACAUCCUGUGAUAUAUGUCUGGAUGUAUCAUUCACAAGCCCAUUCCUGAGCUCCCAAAUCCUAUAUUAAACUAUUAAAUAAAAUUUUAUAUUAACCUGGACAAUCCACUUUUUUCCAUAUAAUAUAGGAUUAAAUAAUAUAAAACAUUUGCAAAUAGCGGGACAGACUUGAUCUUCCAGAAAUAUUUUAUUAGUACUGAAUAUGCGUUUUUAGGCUUUUCUUCUUAACAAAGUAUAAUUUUCGUAUAAUUAUAAUAAUUAAUUACAUACCAGUAUUAUGGAUUUUAUGUGCGUGCCUUCUUAUAAAGGGAAACUACAUUCAAUAAGCAGAUCUCUCCCUUUUUAUUACAUAGAUACAGUGGUAUGUAGGAUGCAAUUUAAAUUAUUCAAAGGCAAUAUGAUUUGCUGUUAGCGAGACAUGAGGGUAUUAGCAGUAAACAGACCCUGGUUUCUUCACAUCCUUUAGAUAACAUGCUUUAUAAGUCUCCGGGUAAGAGAACUUCGAUACAACAGUUAGAGAAUUGGUAUUAAUAAUUACACAGCUGUUCCCAGUGCAGAUAGUAAUGAUGAUAUAUGGUUGAUAUAAGAUUACAGUGAGAGCAACGGUGGUCCAUUUAACCUGUUCAUGACAAGGGUAGAUUUAAAUUCCAUUGUAAUGGCAGUCAUUACACUUCUUGUUUCAUCCCAAAAGGUGGACAGAACUUAUCAUAUAUGAACCUUUUUCUUGCACACGGAAAUAAUGAACCAUAUCCUACACAAUGGUUUAAUACUCCCUGUUCGAAGUGUUAAAUUGCUUUGGAGAAUUCACAUCUAGAAUGUAACAUGUAUUAUGGGAAAUUCCUUUUUAUAUCAUGUUUAACCCCUUAACCCCUUAAGGACCAAACUUCUGGAAUAAAAGGGAAUCAUGACAUGUCACACAUGUCAUGUGUCCUUAAGGGGUUAAGGACACAUGACAUGUGUGAUAUGUCAUGAUUCCCUUUUAUUCCAGAAGUUUGGUCCUUAAGGGGUUAAAUCUCAUUUAAUGUAUUUUGUUGCAAUUAAAAAAUACAAUACAAUCUCCCAGUAAGCACUAUUGAUAAAUGGGUUUUAUGGAACAACAUGUUGCAUCUCUCAGGAUUAUAUUGCCAAUCGCCCCCAAUAUAUAGACAUUUGUAAACAAGGAAAGGGAUGGGCAAACAUGAAGGGACAACCUGCAUCACAGGUCUAACAGGAAGGGACUUGUGAGCCUGGUGUGAAUUUACAUGAAUCCACAUUGGUCAGCCCUGCUAAGCACUGCUACAGAGCAAUGACCCUGGUCCUAGUGCCCUUAUUGUUUAAUGUUUCAUUUAUAAUUAAAUGAAACAUUAAACAAUAUAAUUAAAGUCUGCAGACUGUAUUCUAUACUCUGCACGUUAAGCCAGGCCGCCAUAAAGGACUGGCAAUGCUUAUUUAUAUAUAUAAUUCUUAUUUGAACUACAAUAUUAUAUAGUAUUUAUAUACUAUAUAUUAAGGUCUCCCUAUUGAUGUUUUUUUUCAUAAUUAAAACUGUGUUAGGCUGUGGGAUGGAGCUAAAUAUAUCUUGAUCUAUACAGUGGUUCUAUUCACACCUGUCAGACUCUAUAUCUACAAGGGUUGACUACUUAUUGGUCCAUUUUAUCUACUCACUAAUUUGUAGAAUGUAAACGGUUAAUGGUUUAUGACAGGGGGUUCAUUAGACCCACUCUCUAACUAUAAGGUGGAAGACCCCAGUCAGUGGACCCCUAUUCGCUCACAUCUUGGGUGUUGGUGUAACAGUUCUAGAUGAGUAAUAGUAACUGAAACAAAUAUUCCUAAAACAUUGAGUAGUAGAGGCCAUUAUGAGUCUGGCUAAACUAACAUCACCAUCAGUUUUUACAUUGGCAGAUCAUUAGACAACCUUUAACAAGGUUUAAUUUCUUAUUUUCCCCCAACAAAGGUCGCACGUCUUCUGAGACCUACGGUGGUUUGGUAGGUGUGCCCUAUGAAGACGGUGAAAGUUCUGUUCACCUUCCCGAGGAAGUGAUUCACGAAGAGUCUUCUUCAACCAUUCUGAAAUAUUUCAUCCACUUGGCAAAAGAUGAAGAAGAACAGGUAUAAAUUUGAAUUAAAAAUAUACUGGUAAUUAACGUUGAGGUAAAGACUAAAAAAAUCCAUCAAGCUAUUAAAAUAUGCAAAGCUUGUCUGUGUCAAGGUUUCUCCUCCAUCUCUGUGUUAUUAUUGUGUAAAUUUUUAAUCUGUAUCCCUCAAUGGGCACUCAAUGUAUAUACCACGAUGUUGCAUAAUCACGUAGGUUAUUAUUGACAAAGACUUAUGGGAAUAGAUCUGGGGUUCCUGACCACUCAUGUUUGCCCUGUCGUGGUUUCUGUUACCUGCAUUUUGACAUGUGGUGGGUGUUUACUGGUUUUGACUUGGUUUCGGACUACACUGACCUCUGGACCUUGGCUCUGUUUCCUUGAUUUUCAGCUACUCUGUACUCCUUAAACACGGCUUGUCGCUGUUUACUCAUCUGUUAUGUCUGCAGAUUGUAUUCUAUACUUUGCACGUUAAGCCAGGCCGCCAUGAGGGACUGGUAAUAUUUGUUCAUUAAAUAUAGGAUACUCGUAGCUCUGCAGUUUGCAUGUUGUGGUGUCUAGCCUUAACAGUCUGGUAUCUUUUGCCCAUAAUUCAUUUUUCUUUGAAUGAUCACUAAUAGAACAGGUCAUUCCCCUUACACUGAUAUUUAGAGUUGGUGAGUAGGUAUAGUAGGCCAAACUAUCACACAUCCUACUUAGUUAAUUCUUCCUUUUCAAUCCCAUGUACACAGGGCUGUAUUUAGUGCGCGGCUAACAAGGCAUUUGCCUUGGGCGGCACUUUAAGGGGGGAAGGCAGCUUUUUUGACACAUGCAGCUUUCAUAGCCCCCUUCCCCCUCCCCCCUGAGGUGGGCAGCUGUACAUACUCUAUCAGCUUGUCCUAUAAUGCUGGCUGUCCAGUGCACUGCAAAUCUCUCAGAAAGAGUUAAUUUACACCAACCAGUUGGGACCGUGACCACCGCACCAACAGUCAUUAUUACUUUAAAUUACAUCUAAACAGGGCCUGCUGCUAUAUAUUUUUCUUCACAGUACAUUCAUCCUCCAUCACAGAUAAAACUAAAUGCUAAAUUAAACAAUUUGCACCGGGAGGAUCAUUUAUCUGGAGUCCAGGAAUUCCAAUAGGAAGUGCCGCUUUCCUUAAUCUUGAUCCAACAAUGAAUAAUAAUCUGUAUUCUUGAUCACGGUAUUUCCUUAAAUAAGUCAGCCAUCUGCUAGAGUUAGAUUUUUUAAUCUCUAUUCAGCCCUCGUCUGUACAUUUCUAAUUUUUUUUAAAGAUAUAUAAUUUUCGAUUGUGUCAAAACUCAAUUGAUCUGUCAGGUUUUGGACUUCUGGCCCAUAAAAUCUGCCUUCAGACAAUUAAAAUACUAUAGGACAUUACUAUCAUUUAUCGACUAAACUGGGAACAUUGGAGAAUUGGCAAGGGAAUUGUAUAAAUUUAGACCAAUAUUGCUCUAACGUGGAAAAUAUUUUUAAAUUAUAUAUUUAGGCUUAUAUUCUGGAAUUACCGUUUUAGUUCUUUUUUCAUUUUAUAAUUUAAUUCCCAGUAGUGAUUUUUAGAGCCAAUGAAGAGAUGGCACAGAAUUAUGAAAAUACACCCCAACUCUCAUGGCGCUAAAGUGAACUUUCGUAGUCUAGAACCGGUUCUGAAGAAUAACAUGGGUAAAAUAAAAUGCAAAGUUUAACCAAAAUUCCUAUAUUUGCUCAAUUUCAGAUUAAUUUUCAUCUCAUCGAUACGUUGAUCAAAGAUGGGUCUGAUGUAAAUGAGGGGGACAGAUUUGGCCAAACAGUGAUGCAUGAGGUAAAACCAUAUUUUUCCCUAAUAGUUGAUUGACAGUUGAUUGGGAAUUGUAGUUCAAAUAAGUAGCCGGAUAGCCAAGAUCAGGCGCCGUGGUCGAACAUAAGGCUACAAAUAUGAAAUGUAGUAAUAACUGCAAUGUUUUGUCUCAAACAGGUAGCUAAAAGUUGGCACACAGAUGUUGCACAGUUUUUGAUUGAAAGAAACGCUGAUAUUAAAAAGCCUGACAAGUACGGGAUUACCCCAUUGCAUGUAGCAGCUGCUGUGGAUUACCCAGAAAUGGUCAUUUUCUUAUUAAAACAUGGGGGUAAGUGACUUAACUGUGAGUAACAAGUCUUUACAAAACCCUACAUUUCAUAGUACAAAUAGAAGAAAAAAGUUUUUUUUUUUUUUUUUUUAAUAGGAUGUUAUCCUUCCUUUUUAACUCUCUAUCUUAAGGAUACACAGUAAUUAGACAGUACUGUGUAAUUGGUGUGCAUCCUUAAGAUAUAGAGUUACAUUGUGUCUACCGGUUUAAGGAGUGCAUUAUAGCAUUUGCAACCUAUAUGUUCUGUUUCAAUUAAUGUACCUUCCCAAAGUGUAUUGUAUUGCAUUGUAUAUAGUCCCUCUUGAAAUUAUCCCAAUUGCUUGCUUACCUUUUUUUUUUUUGAUUAUCAUUAAACACUAUGCAGCACAAAUUUAUCCUGGGAGCCACCCCCCUUUCUAAAGUAGACGUCCUAUAGAAACAAUUGUCCUUCUACAUUGAGCAUGUCCGUACCUGGGGUAGAUUAACAACUUUCACCUACAGUGACAACCCUAACCAUAACUUAGUGAACACUGGUCAUAGUCAGGGCUCAUUCGCUAAGCACCAGAAUGUAGGCAUAAUAGUAUAAUUUAUUUUUCUCUUAUUUUAAUCUAUUUUAUUCUAAACACUUUGUUUUAAUAUUAUUGUUGCACAAAUGUAGGGACUAUUUUAUCUUCUUAUUAUAAGUCAUUACAGAAGCCCUCAUCCUUUUGUCUUGCAAUUCAAUACAAAAGUAUGUAAAGAUUGACUGUUGGCUGGGUUCAGGUUAAGAUCUGCCAUCAAUUAAGUUACACAGCAGGGAUACACCUUUAACCCCUUAAGGACACAUGACAUGUGUGACAUAUCAUGAUUCCCUUUUAUUCCAGAAGUUUGGUCCUUAAGGGGUUAAAGGGACAAUCCACUGCCCAAAUACAAAAUAGAUAUCACUAUAAAUAAUCACUAUUUAGUAGAUAUACCACAAAUGAAAAUGUGCGUGCCUUUAAUUAUGCAUUUUUUCAUUGGAGUUUUAUCUAAAAACAGUUUGCAAAGCUGCAGAUCUCUUGUCUUCAGCCUUUGCAAGCCCUCACCUUCUAAUCCCGGCUCAGAUUUUAUUUUUCUGUCCAAUCCCAAUGCAGCUUACUGAGAAGUCUUUGCAAGGCAGGUGCUAUGAGCAAUUGCUGCCUAUCGAGGUCAGUGUAACAAAGCUAACCAAACCAGGAAGUAACAGGACCUGUUGCCUGCUUUAAAAGCCAGGGGGGUGUAACCAGUAUUAUUUAUAAACGUGUCAAUUUCGAUUGAAAUCUGCACUUUUUGCCAAAUGAAAAAGGAGAACACACUCUUCACAUAUAACGCUUCCAGCAAGCUGUAGUGCUUUAGGGGUCUGGGGUGACCCUUUAAAUAAUCUGGAAUCAGGAAGCAAAGCCAAUGAUUCUAAACUGGCAGUAGAUUUUCACAGCAUUUCACGUUUCCAUAAUAGGCAGACUAUGUGGGCAGUGGUUUCAUUACAAUUGAGGUUUUACAUACUAAUCAUAACCACAUGGAUGAUAAAUAAUAACACGUCACAUCCAUCUGUCAAUGUAUCUAUAAAUUAGAUAACUUUAUUUACCCUCUUUCUAGCUGACAUACAUAUGACUACGAAUACAAAGCAGACUCCAUUGCAUUACGCAGCUAAAUACGAUGCAGUUAACUCUCUGAAAGUCCUGUUGAAAAAUGAAGCUGACACCAAUGUGCGAGAUUACAAGCAACGAACACCCUUACACCUGGCUGCAGAACUAGGUAAAACCCUCUGUACACUUUAUUCCAUUAAUAUCUGAAUCUCAAUGGAAACUGGUUUACUCAGGAGAGAUGCUAUAAAUAGUGUUACCGGCUAUCUGAUACACACACACAAAUAAAACAACUGUUAAUCAGCACAGCAUAACAUGUGAAAGACUUUGUCAAUGAGUAAGAUAUUUCUAAUGAUUGAUUUCAUUGUAUGUACGGUGGAAAAUGAUCAAUACAUUGUGCAUGUAAGCACACAUUUUGAUCCCUGCUGGGUAACCCCUUAACCUCCAGGCUGUUACAUAAAGACAGGUUAUUGGGCAAAAUACUAACAGAGGAGUUUCUUAGUUGUUUCCAUGGCGAUUGAAUCCCAUGCUUCCAUGGUGAUUUAGCCACAUACUUUCUCUUUAACUAUAGCUCCCAGUGUAUCUAUGGCCUCUUUCAGGCUGUGAUCUAGCAAUACCAAUCCACUAACAUAAUUACUUAGUAUCCUAGGUUAAAAAAAAGACUAACGUUCACUUAGUUCAACUUUUCAUUAAAACAUUCCUUUAACCCCUUAAGGACCAAACUUCUGGAAUAAAAGGGAAUCCUGACAUGACACAUGUCAUGUGUCCUUAAGGAGUUAAAAAAAGGCAAAAAGCUCCAAUUGUAGUGAUUUCCAAUUAUGAUACAUAAAGAAAACCAAUUAUUUUUUGACUCCAUAAUGACAAUCAUAUUUCUCUGUGGAUCAAUAACCAAUUGAUGUUCAAUUAUAUCCUUAAAUAUUCAGUUUUUGCAACAACAAAAAAACUGGCCUAAUAGAUCACAAUACAGAGUCUAAUUUAGUGCUGAAGAUCACAUUUUCUCUACUGAUCCUUGGGGUUUAAAGUCAGUUAGUUUACUGACAGCAAUAGAAGAAGGUCACGUUAUUGAUGUUUCUAAUGCAGAACAGUCCAAUUCCCUGAUUAGGGACAACGUGGAUUCCUCAUUACGUUAUUUGAUGCAUUUGGCCAAACCAUGGGUCUGCAGUCGAUUGAAAAUAAGGAGUAAAUAACUAAAAUGCCCUGUAUAGUACAUGACUGAAGUGUUAGAAUGAAUCUUUUACAUUAAAUUAUUUUUACUAGAUCGCAGUGAGGCAGCUCGAUUGCUCUUAAAUUUCAAAUGUGAUGCAAGCGUCCAGGAUGACACGGGCCAGUCCUGUCUGACUCUGAUGGUUGUGAAUAUGCCACCAGUUGUAAGUCUGAUAAUAUGUAGCUAUCGUAACUCAAGGAAUUAAAUCAAUGGUUUAAAACAACUAAAUAUUUGUAUGUAUUACAUAGAUAAUAUACUAACAAAUAACAGAUAAUAGAUAAUAAAACUGCAUUCUGAGAUCCUAGUCCUGUACGGCUCAUAAAAGCUAUCUGCUACCCCAACCAUGUGCCACCAUAACGAGAUACCACCAGUCAGGAGGCUCUCAUUUGCGUCAAUGGACUAUGAUCUUAUCCCAUAAAUCUACCAUCUCCAGUGGUUUUUGGAUAAGUAGUUUAUCCCCUGCAAUGAUUUUAAAUCAACAAGGUAUUGGGGGGAGGGUGGGGGAGGUGGAAUUACUUCUAGAAAUUACGUAACUGAAUAAAACAUUGAAAAGUUGUGUUAAACCUUCAAAUGUGUAUGUGUGCACCUAUUCACCAACUACAGCAAAUGAGCGGAAAGAUGCAAAUCUGCACAUUUGUUUUUCAUUUAUAAAUUCCAACAUGAACUCAUUUUAUUUUUCCCAUUUAAUAUGCAUGUAGUGCGUGUCUGUACCUACUUAGAGGAGAUAGAAACUGCACAUUAAUCUACAUUACGUUUUAUAGGCAUGCAAAGGCAAAUUAUCUACCUACGCUAUUCAUGUAUUAAAAAAAUUACAUCCUGCUCCUUAUUACGACCUCACAGAGAAUAUUAAGACCUUGCACGUUGUGUUUCCCCCAAGGUCAUUAAAAAUAUAUAUAUUUUUCAUGGAAAACAGAACAUUACAAAAUGAGUAUGUGCAGUAAGUUAGAGACAGUGUAUUUAUAUAAUAAUACAGUUAUUCUGCCCUUUACCAGGGUAACAAUCAUUAAAGCAUUAAAUGUUCCGUCACCUCAAUAAACAUUUUACCAUUAGUGUUUAGUGAGGUAAGUAGCGCUGCAGCUGUAAGUAAAUAAAAAAUACGUAUCUCUUUGGCACUAACAGUUCAGGGUGACAUCUUUGCCCCCCAAAUUUUCCUCAGUGGACUUUGAGACCUAUAACCCAUUUCAGAUGUCAAUCUUCACUACCAAAGACAUAACAUUUUGUGGUAUUUUAGAAAACAUAUCUAAUUUGAAGCAUGGUGUGUUAAUGUGUAGUAUACAUCACAAUAAGCAAUAUAGUAACUGAAUACUGCUUAUGGAACAUGGACUUAUCUGACAUAGGUUUUACGUUAAAAAUUAAUGCACGGGUUAAUGUUUUUGCAAUGUUAGAAACACUGUGAUUAAUUAUGGAGAUGUCUGUUCAGUAAGGGUCAAAAUGUUCUGACAUGUUCUAACUUUUCAUUCUUCCUUUAUUUGUUAUAGGCUUUUCUUGCUCUGGAUCAGUUCCAUGUUAAAGAUCGAGCAAACAGGAAACAGCAUUAUUUUCUAAACCACGUGGAGCCACAAACCUCAGGUUGGCCUUGUUAUUGUAACUAUAUUGAUGUAGAGUGCCCAUCUGAAACUGUGUUAGUCCACAUAGGAAGGCAUAUUUGUGGUCCUCGUGUCUUCAAAAGGAUUCCAGAUCACUGUUUUAGUUUCUCACUGAUUCCACUUGUUGCAACUAGCUAUCAUAUACUGGGUGUUGGAAAGGAGAAAUUCAUAAAAUCUUGAAGUUUGUAGCAACGGUUGUGGUUAGAGGGACAGUGGUUGUGACUUGUGGUGGUGUUAUUUGGUGAGGUGCUUUUUCUGUUAAUUCCACAUUCUUUUUCAUUCUUAGAAUCCUGCAAGGAUCAGUCCUUGCCAUAUACUCUUCUUCUUCUUCUGUAUGACUUGUCUUGGCGGUCGGUGUCCAAUAAAAAUAAUAUUUUGUUGAUGCGCAGAUAUUCUUUCCUGAUCAUCCUGUCUAUUGUUCCACAUUGCCACAUGUCUUUCUGCUAUCUCCUCUUGAAUAUUCCACUACAGCUUAGUUUUCUCUAUAUUUUUAUGCAGAAUAUUAACAUGUUGGGUGCAUUGCUUACUGAGUAGCCAAUUUCCAAGCACUCCCUCUGAUACAUAGGCUACUCUGACCCAGGGUUGUCUUUAAUAUUGAUUGGACCCUGGGCAAGAAUUUACUUGGGCCCCUGAAUCUUGCCCUCCCACUCCUUAGCAUGCAAUCACGCCCUCCACCCCAACCAAUCAGAGUGCUGUGACAGGUAAAUUUAGAGACUUGCUACUCAGUAAUACCUUACAGGUAUUUAGUUCUCUCUUUCCCCGCUCACUAUUUUUAGGUUGAGGGGGGUAGGUAAGGGUUUUUGGGUGGGGGGUGACUAGGGGCUUGGGGAACCCUAGUCACCUGGGGGGGGGUUAACAUUUUCAUUUAGGGCACCCACCCGCCGCUCGUGGGUGGGGGUCAGGGAAGACAAUAGGCCCACCCCCAUUUUUAUUUAGAGCCCCCACCCACCGCUCAGGGGUGGGGGCCACUCAGGGGUGGGGGCCGGGGGAGUACAAAAGGUCCCCCCUUUAUUGGUAUUUAGGGCCCUCAGCCGCCGCUUGGGGGUGGGGGCCGUGGGGGAGGACAAUAGGUCCCCCCCCUUAUUGGUAUUUAGGCCCCCCUAAAGAAAUUCUUUUUUUUUUUUUUUACAACAACUUUUUUUGAUUGCACAAAAUUCUGAAAACAACAUAGAUUCUCUUUAUGAAACAGAAAUGUUUUAACAGGAACCUCAUAGAUGUACUGGAUGCAAAUAAUUUUCCUUUUCCAUCCCAUUGUUGAGCACUCCCUAGGUCCUAGAAAAUAUAUAAAGGGUAAAGGCUCAUGUGUUUAGUUUCAGUGGCAGCUAAUAGACAACAUGUUUACUUGCAGUGUUACUAUAGAAUUAGCUAUGGAAUAUGAUUAGUACAUAUGGCUAGCUAGAGUGAAAGAUCUAAAGUGCCUGGAAUGUUCCUUGUACACUUAAAGGGUCACUAUAGUCACUAAAACAACUUUAGCUUAAUAAAGCAGUUUUGUUGUAUAGCUCAUAUAGUUGUAUUCCCCCCUGUUUACAGAUGCUGUUAGUCAUUAAACAGUCUGAGGAAUCUCCUGAUCCCCCUGUACAAAUAUCCAUCCGAUUCACAGAUGAAGGAAACCCGUGAAUGCUUUGCUAUCUGCAAACAUACACAUUUGUCUUAUCACGGUGUUAGUGCUGGUGGUGGCUGUCUAUUUUUCCUGGAGUUCCCUAGUUCUUUGGUCAUCGUAUGCUUUAACUUUGCAAUGUCUCUGAAUUAUGUCCAGAUGAUACGUUUAAGAAGAUUUUCUUAGAAAGGUCAAGUCACUCAUCACUAUAGAAAAAUAAACAGAUUAAACCAAAGGCCGUCUCUUUACACAAUUUACUAAAGAAAAAUAUGGUGAUAAAAGAGCACUAGUAACUGCACAGCAAGAUCUUGCAAGAUGAAAACUGACUUAAAAUUAAAAAUAAAUUUAUAUGUUUAUAAAAUUAUAUAUUUACAUUGCGUUCUUAAAAGAAAAUCUUCAGUUUCAGUUCUGCAAGUCAUUUCUCAACUCCCUGUUUCAGGAAUAGAUCCCACAGUUUAGAUAUUUUAGAUUUUGCUUGUAGUAUGCUAACCAUCGAAAUGCACUGUUAUUUAAACUGCGAUUUCAAAUUAUUACUUGUUUGUCAGCCUGUCAUAUAGUGUAAUUUGUAUUUAAACAUUUUUCUGCUCAAAUAGCCACUACUGUUACCACAUCGUAAGAACAUUUCAUAUAUCUAAUAUUUUACAUUUUUUGUUUUUCAAAAUAGGUUUUCACGGCACACAAGCCAGAUCUCCUGUAAGUUCUAAAUUACACAAUUUUGAUAUAGUAGCAUAUUAUACACUCAAGAUUUCUAAAAGACAUAAUUGUAGAUACUUGGGUACUUGAUCAAAAUCACUUAACAGAUUAAGCCACAAAAUUUGUAACGCCUCUAAACAUUCUGUUACCUGUAGGCAGGGCCGCCAUCAGAAAUUUUGGGGCCCCUAACACAGCUCAAGGUCUGGGCCCCAAGACAUACAUAAGGGUAUGUAAUACACACACAAAUACACACACUGGCAUACAUACACACACACACACACACACACACUGGCAUGCAUACAUACACUGGUAUACAUACAUACAUACACACCUAUAUACACUGGCAUACACACAUACACUGGCAUACAUACACACAUUGACAUACAUACAUACAUACAUACAUACAUACACUGGCAUACAUACAUACACACAUACACUGGCAUACACACAUACACUAGCAUACAUACAUAUAUACACUGGCAUACAUACAUACACUAGCAUACAUACACACAUACACUGGCAUACAUGCAUACAUACAUACAUAUACACACUGGCAUACAUACAUACACUGGCAUACAUACAUACAUACAUACAUACACUGGCAUACAUGCAUACACACAUACACUAGCAUACAUACACACAUACACUGGCAUACAUACAUACACACAUACACUGGCAUACAUAUAUACAUACAUACACUGGCAUACACACACUGGCAUACAUACACACAUACACUGACAUACAUACAUACACACACUGGCAUACAUACAUACAUAUAUACACUGGCAUACAUACAUAUAUACACUGGCAUACAUACAUAUAUACACUGGCAUACAUACAUACACACACACACACACUGGCAUACAUACAUAGAUACACACACUGGCAUACAUACAUGCACACACUGGCAUACAUACAUAGAUACACACACUGGCAUACAUACAUGCACACACUGGCAUACAUACAUAGAUACACACACUGGCAUACAUACAUACACACACACCUCAUUUUCAGCCACCCUCCUUUUCCUUACCAUUUUGUCGCAGGAGGGUGGCUGGGGAUGAUGUGAGUCGGUUGCCUCUCAUCGCGGCCUUUCUCUCCUCCUUCCCGCACGGAGUAAACUGGGAGGAUGUGACCGGACGUCACUUCUUCCCAGCAGAACUUGCUUUCCGGCUGCAUUUUUUUUUUUUAAAGGGGCCCGGUCGCGCUAUUACAGCGCUGACCGGGCCCCUGAAGAUAAUAGGGCCUACUGGGUGGCCCUAAAUGCUUGGGCCACCUGAUGGGCCCCAUAAGCGUGUGGGCCCCAGUGCAGAUGCACCGGCGGCAGUUCCGCUGAUGCACGUGGGGCCCGGGAGGCCAGGCCCCCCAGGGCCGCCGGGCCCGUGACAACUGUCAUGGUUGUCACCCCCUGAUGGCGGACCUGCCUGUAGGUGGAAAAAAGCAAAUUCCUGAUUUUAGUAUGCUGUUGAGAAAGAUUAAAGGAUAACUGUAGACCUAUUUUACCUUAUGCUCUUUUUAAAGAGUAUAAUAUUCUGUCUAUACAUUGUGCUAAAAGUUUUGCUCCCAAGCAUAGCAACGACAGCACAUGCGCAACGUUUGCUAUGGAAACUCCAUAGAUGGUGAUUCUAGUUCCGGCUAGGGAGUAAGGGAACAAAGUAACGUGACGUCACCAACUGUAUCUUGUUAUUGUUGUAUCUGUAAUUGAUUUUGCCAUGGUCUCUAAUUUGUAGUUUGUUUUUAAAUAAUAUUGUGUCUUUGUUUUUGUCUCGAUAUGCAUUGACUUUAUCUUUUUCUUUUUGUCUUGUUUUGGUUAACUAAUAAUUUUCCUUUUCUUUAUUAUUUCUACUUUUUGGUAGUUCUUUUUUGAUGGACACUGAUGUUUCUGGUGUGAAGUUCUUAAAUUGAUAAUUUACCAAAGUGGAUACUACUUGGCAUUUUUUAUCCUUGAAAGUUAUUGGAUAUGGUUAACACUUUCUUUGAAUGCUUUUAAUUGUAAUAUUGAAAUAUUUUUCUGUGCAUUUGUGCAUUCUGCUUUUAAGUCAUUUUUUAAAUUUAUUUGUAAAGGUUUUGCUACAAACAGAAACACUGACAGAUACAUUUAAAGGGACACUUAAAGCCCAAUUACAACUUAUGAUUCUUGUGUAGAUAAUGAUGCGCUGUCCCAUGUUCUCUGUACCCAUGCACACAGUUCCUUAUAACAAACAUCUGCUUGGCAAUAUAAAUACUUGUAUGGGUUUAUAGACAUUAAUGAAAUUACCACUAGACUUGGACAUUUGUUUCAGUUCAAAUUGAAAUGCAGUCAAAUUGCGGCUUAUUGGUGCCCUUAAGAUGUUCCGAAAUAAUAAAUUUAUUCAUCCAAAAUUCUGAAUAAACCCAAUGGUGCGAUAGAUGUGUGUUUCGGUUGAUUCAGAUUUUAUAUUUGUGGAACCUGCUGCUCUUAGCCAUUGCCACUGAACACCAUUUUUUUUUUAAAGGGAAACUGUAGGCAACUUUUUCCUUCACUUUAGGGUUUUCCUAAUAAUUUUAAGUUAAGUUCAAAAUUUUCACACCCGAGUUUAUUCGAGAAAUCCAACCCAAAUCAAUUUGGAGGAACAUAAAUUGUUCACACCUGCAUAAGUCUAAUUCCAGCCUGCUUUCUGUGACUGACCUGUUUGUAUUAUUCGGUCAUAAAAGCAACUUAAAUCAGCUUGGCUAUAAGUUCCAUGUCAUGUUCUCAUGAACAGAAGGUCUUCUAAGUGCAGAGUUACAUACAAACGUCUGCUGAGCAGGGAAUUAUGGAGAAUGCUCAGCACUGACAACUAAGCAAUUAGUAUUGAGUAAAAAGAAGACCUCCAAAGAUCUUUUUUUUAUGUGUGUAUAUAAAUUAUCCUCUAUAAUGCAUUUAAAAACCUUGUUCUAUUCCAGCCUGGAGUGUUCCUUUAAGAGGUUCAGCCCCUAUAUGAUAUCUUACAUAUGUCGUUUGCUUGGUGUAAGAAUACAUACAUUAGAAAAAAGGACGAGCAUUCUAAUCAGUGUAAAACAGUCAGAAAGGAACCAUAAUUAAACAUUCCUGCACCUGUUUUCCUGAUGUUGUCUUAGUCCCUUAGUUGAUUCAUGUUUGUCUCUCACUAGCAUCUUCUAAAAGAGAGGAAUCAGGUCACUCCUGUGCCAGUAGGGAACUGGGGGAUGACCUAUUUAGGCAUGCUUCAAGGCUGCAUUCUGUAUAAAUGAUUAAGUACAUCAAAGCACAGGAGAUUCAGCCUGCAAGACUUAGAUAAAAAUGGCUUUUAGGGAAAGCAGGUUGUAAAAGCCCAUUGCUGAGUCAAAAAUAUACUGUGUGUUCAAAAAGGCCAUCCGAGUUUGGAUAAAUUAAUUAAAAAUGAAGAUAUAUAAUGCGCGCCAAGAUAUUGAUGGUUGAAACCUGUACUGGGUCAUUGAAGGGUUUUAGAAGCGAUUGGAAGCUUUCCGUUUAUUUUUAUCACAGAUUGCACAGAGGAGCUAUGUAAAUCAGUUCAAAUAAACUGGACUUAUACAUUGUAUACCUUGGCACCCAUAGUUUUCAACUCGUUCCUGCGGACCAAACCGUAUUAGUGAGUAGCCCGAUUACCAUUUGCUCUCCAAAUUGAUUUCUAGAUCAAUAUCUAUCCUCAAAUGUAAAAUAUGCAGCUAGCCCACACUUGAUCAUUUCAUAGAACAAUUUAAGAUUAAAUCAGUAAUUAAGUAAAUGUUAUUUUCUUCCAAUUUUUCUGCUCAGCUUGAAGUGAUUGUACAGUCACGCCAGUUGGACAUUAUCAUGCAUCCAGUUAUUCAGAAAUUAAUUGAAACAAAGUGGAUAUCUUUUGGCAGGUGAGAUUUGGAAUUUUUAAUUUCCCUAACUGAUACAGCCUGUGGGCAAAAUGUUCCUCUCAGCUGUAUCAGCCGUACGACCUCAAAUAUUUCAUCUCAUUGCAGGAAGAAUAUUGCAAUAAUGUUAUCUCUGAACCUUCUGUUCAUCUUAUCUUGGACAGCACUCGGUAUAGCAUCUUCAUUGCCAAGAACUGAAGAAGUGCCGUACAAGUUUCCUGAGGUAUACUGUAAUCUUAUAUUAUAGGGAUAUGUCAAAGUUUCACUACUGGGUCUUAGGUAACAUCCCAAAUUACGUCUCUCACUAUACAAAUGAUGUAGCAGUCUAGAGUUAAAAAACCUCAACUGAGUCUUAGGAACCUAUCAAAUUACCUCUCUCGCCCAAGGAGAUGAUUAAGUAGACCGCAAGCUGCACUGAAUCUAUUUGGAUUUUGGGAGAAAUGCAAAUUGUCUCAGUCACUCGUGUAAUGAUGCUCCAUCUAGAGUUAAAUUGACUUCAUUGGGCUUUCAUAUAUAUCUUGUGAUGCAGAGAUUUAGUGUUGGAUUGACUCCAUUUGGCUAAUCCAAUGCACCUUUCUUUUCUAACACAGCAGGCUAAAGUUGGGUUGAUUCCAUUGGUUCCUCAUAAAGAAUGGACUCUAUCGCCGACACAGUGAUUACAUUGUUACUUAAUGUCCACAGUAGAAAUUGGAAGACAAUUCACAAAAUAAGAAAAAGUGUUACUGCAUUAUGAAUGAAGUUAGGUGUAAUAAUCAAUAUACAUGAAUUGCUGUGCACUAAAAGGGAAUUAAAGGGAUUUUAAAAUACAUUAUUUAAUGCAUUAUAAUGUGCAUGAGAAGAGUAAUAAACGAGAAAAUAAAUGAAUAAAUAAGUCAUAAAAAUAACGUAAACCCCUCCGCAUGUUCUUGGAGCCUAUGGAGUGGCUUUGCAACAACCAGGCAAUAUCAGCACUUUCUUAGAUAAUCUUGGGCCUUCUCUAAUUCCAUAUUGUAGCAGCAAUGGCGGAUUCACUGCCAUCUUGUAAACUGGGCUGGUAAAAGGAGCUGAAUAAGAAAUGGUAGAAUAGUGCAAUGAGAUCUGGCUGUAUCUAGUGAAUGCUAAUCUAAGUCACCUGUGAAACAGCAAAUACAAUAUAAAUUAAAAAUACUUUAAUAGCAUUUCUUCAUACCAGAUUAAAAUUUCUAAGGAUUCUUUUAAACCAUUAAACCACAGUAUGGUGGAUCCUUCUGUGAUUUUUUUUUUCCUGGUUUUGUGUUGGUUUGUCUUUUGAUUUUGUGCUGGUUUGUGUUAUGUCUUUUGAUUUUGUGGGGGAUUGUUUUUGAUUUUUUUGUUGGUGUGUCUUGUGAUUUUGUGGGGAUUUGUUUUUGUGUUGGUUUGUCUUUUGAUUUUGUGUUGGUUUGUUUUGGGAUUUUGUGUUGGUUUGUCUUGUGAUUUUGUGGGGGUUUGUUUUUGUGUUGGAUUGUGUUUUGUCUUGUGAUUUUGUGGGGGUUUGUUUUUGUGUUGGAUUGUGUUUUGUCUUGUGAUUUUGUGUUGGUUUGUGUUUUGUCUUGUGAUUUUUUGUGGGGGUUUGUUUUUUAUUUUGUGUUGGUUUGUUUUGGGGAUUUUGCGUUGGUUUGUCUUUUGAUUUUGUGGGGGAUUGUUUUUUAUUUUUUUGUUGGUGUGUCUUUUGAUUUUGUGGGGGUUUGAUUUUGAUUUUGUGUUGGUUUGUGUUUGGUCUUGUGAUUUUGUUGGGGUUUGUUUUUGAUUUUUUUGUUGGUGUGUCUUUUGAUUUUGUGUUGGUUUGUUUUUGAUUUUGUAUUAUCUCCUCUUCUUUUUUACAGGACAGCUGGAGAAUAAUUGUGAUUUUUAUAGCGCUGGGUCUUACAUUGUAUCAGAUUGUGGAGGAGUUUAAGGAGAUCUAUCAAUCAAAGAUCAAAUCCAAACUCUGGAAAGAAUGGAGGAAGAGGGAACUUGAAAAAGACCUGAAAUUCUGUCAUCCAAUGUGGCCUGAGGUACAUUUCAUGUUCGCCCUUAAAACAUACUUUGAAAAUGUACAGGGUUACUCGGCAAGUUAAACAAUGGAGUUUCAGAAAGAAACAGCAGUAAGUGGCAAAGUGAAACCGACACUCAGGAUGAAAGGGGUCAACUAGGCAGGACGCACUAUCAAAGGGGCUUAUCCUUUAAACACAGUCUGGGCUAUUCACUGAGCUCCAAAUUGUAACAAAUUUAAAUCCGAAUUGCAAAAUAAGGAUAAAAAAGCCCCAAUAGUAACUCUGUACUGCUUGGGCGAAUGAGGAAGCAUUAGCCAGAGCAGCCAUGGGCAGCUGUGAUUGGCUGAGAGUGUCAGGUGAUCACCCAUCACAGCACCCAUUGCUGGUAUAAUUUGGUAUUGCGAGUAGGUGGUGUGUAAUAUCUGCCUUAGUUCCCGUCUGAGUUUUUUUUGUGCCAUUAUAAUAUAGAAAAACCCGACCUUCCUUUCAAGACUUUCAUUUGGAGAGUUGUAUAAUUGUCUCCUGUAAAAUGUCGCAAUUCACAUAUACUGAUUAACGCUUGGUGUCGACGGUUUUAGGAAAAAGAAUAUUUGCAGAAAGGAGUGGAAGACUUACAGGGAAUGAACACAGCUUACCUAAAGGACUUCUGGUAUGUUGACCUUAAUGUCUAAUGUUUAAACAUUAACAAAGUUCUUUUAUGGGAUUACCGUCUUAAAUCAAUUUGCUGUAUGAUGAAUCCUCUCUGUUGAUCACUUAGCGUAGUAACUUUACGUGUGAGGUGGAAUGUUAAUACACCAUACCCUGAGAUGUAUUCACCAAGUAUCAAUUUACUCAUGACAUCAAUAGAGGAUUAAAGAAAUGUGCCUUUUCUUUGUUCUUACCUCUCUAGUCUGAAUCUUUAAGGGGCUGAGAGACAAGAAAUCCACAUACCGCUAUUUCCAUGAUGCACCUUAUAAUGGCCCCUUUCUGGAACUAGUGACAAUUAAACAAUGUAAUAAGCAAAUAAGUGCUUACAAUAAUUUAACUCAAGAACUCAUGAUGGUUUGUAAUUCAACAACAAAAAAAUGUAGAUAGGAAAAAUAUGUGACGUGUUUCGUCAUUGUAAAGAAAGUGAAAUCAAUAACUGUUUCUAUAGAAUAACAGAUCUUGCUGAAUAGGCAAAAUAAAAGAAUAAAGAAAGUUGAAAUAAAUAUACAAAAGUUCAGUAGUUACAUGAUUUAUAGCAUUAAGGAAAGAGAGGUUGCUUUCGAUGAUAAAUACUAUCUCCAUUUAAUUUGCCCAUUUCACAUGAAAGCACCAGUCAUAACUGUUGCUUGUUCGUAAACGAUAUACCGUAUAUACUCGAGUAUAAGUCGACCCGAAUAUAAGCCGAGGCCCCUAAUCUUACCACAAGAAACUGGGAAAACUUAUUGGCUCGAGUAAAGACCUAGGGUGGGAAAUGCAGCAGCUACUGGUACAUUUCUAAAUAAAAUUAGAUCCCAAUAAAAUUAUAUUAAUUUAAUAUUUAUUUACAGUUUGUGUGUGUGUUUGUGUAGUGUGUGUAUAUAAUGAAUACAGUGUGUUUGUGUGUAGUGUGUGUAUAUAAUGAAUGCAGAAUGUGUGUUUGUGUGAAUGCAGUGUGUGUGUAUGUAAUGCAGAGUGUGUGUGUUUGUGUAGUGUGUGUAAACUGGGUGGGGGGAGGACAUUUUUAUUAUUUUGAUUUUUUUAUUUUAAUAUUAUUUUAAUAUUUUAUUUUAAUAUUAUUAUUUAAUUGUAUGAUUACGAGAAUUUAAUUGGUGGGAUACAAGAAAGUUGCCAAGCUGUGCUAAAACAAAAACAGCCUUCAAAUGCAUAGGUCUAUUCCUCGCAUUGUUUUCCUGCACAGAUCUCUCCUGUCACUCUGUCUCGGGGUGGGCUGAAAACUUUUGGACAGUCAUGGUGGGGGAGGGGGGUGAAAGCCUAAGCCCUAAGGGAUGAACCUGGUUCCCCAUGGUUUCAUUUUGACUAAUGUCUCAACUCUCCAACAAGCUCUGCCAAACACCUCUACAUCACAUUCCUUUUAAACUGGAAAUCUUGUGGGUUCCAGUUAUUGCAGGGAAAUAUCCCAAAGGGAAUUCCAGCCAUGGACAGUAUUUAGAUUAUUUGCCACCAGUCCAUACACCAAGCUAUACAGUGCUGGGCUAGCAAUGGUCCUGUACACAUUUUGCAUACUGACGUAUUCCUGUGGCACUCUGUCAAAAGACAUUACAAGCACACCUCCCACAAAAAUGGUGAUCUGCGCCUACUAACCACAUACUUUGUGUACUAGUGGGUGGGGAGCAAUUGCUCCUGCCCUUCUUACACCAUCUCUUUCUAUAUAUAAUUUUUUUUUCUCUUUUAAUAAUCAAAGUGUCAUUAAAGGAAUAUCUAAAACAAUAAAUAGUUGCAGCGCACUCAGACUACAAAACAAUAUAUAAUACAAAGAAGGCUACUAAAAUGCCUAUCUGAGAAUAAAUAUGGGGAUUUAGUUCCACCAUAUGGCCAUAUGUUGUUAAGCCCACCACUACUUUCAAAGUACCCCAAUAUUGGUGGGUCCUACGCUAAAAAUGUGGGGGAACAAAUUAAAUAGUACUAGUGUUGAAAAUUACAAGUGUUAAAUUAAAUCCUGAUAAGAGCAUAGUGAGUAUACAAAAAUGAGUGAUGAAAGCAAUUAAAAACAGUGUUAAAACUAAACAAAUAAUGUGUUAGUGCUAAAAAGAGUAUACUCACUAUAGCAGAUGAUAUCUGUGCUGACUAGAGAAAAUAAUAAAAGUGACUAGACUACUGAGAAACUCCUCCUAUAUAUACACACCUGUGGCCACCUCUAAAGGAGCCUCUGAAGUUGGGGGGCCUGGGCGGGGUGCUUAGGAAUCUAAAUCUUAGGAACCCCUAAGGAAUCUGGUCUGGAUUCCAAAUAUAAUGUAUACAGAAAAAGGAUAGGGGGCACUCCCAAGAGUUGGGAGUGCCCCCUAUCCUUUUUCUGUAUACAUUAAAGGAAUAUCUGGCUAUUUUACACUGGUUUGCCACAUUCCUCUUUUCACUUUUAUAUUAUUUGCUAUUUUAUUCUAUGCAAGUUUAUUUUAUCCAGACCUAACUACCAUUGAUUUUGACCAUAUCGGACUACCGAAGAAUCCUCAAGGUGGGGAUUAUACCACCCAUACGCCAUCCACUGAGCAGUACGUCUGCUCUAUAUAUCGUGAGUAUAUUUUAUUUCAUUUUAUCGUUUUAUCCACUAUACAGUGAGCACUAUAUUUUUUAUUAUUUUUAUCCCGAGUUGGACUCCAUCUGUUUACCAAAGGACCAAAGAGGAGCACCACAUAUCCUUGAGUGGGGAUUAUUCCACUUCACGCUAUCCAUACCAGAGCUGGAUUUAAGCUCUGAAUAUUGUGAGUAGUUCCACAAAUAUUUACACAAUAUCCAUAUUCUGAUGGACUACUAGGACCACCAUUUGCACAUUUGGACAUUUUAUAUUUAGACUAUUAGGUACCGUGAUUAUCCCAUUCUUAUAUUAUAUUUGGACACUUUUUUGGACUUUUUGCUACUGCUGCUAUUCCCACAUUAUUAUUUUGCUAUUUCCACUUGUUUUAGGCGCAUCCUUAUUCUUUCUUUUUUCCUCCAUUGUAUUUUAAGGGGUUCAGAGGGGAUUCCCCUUUUUAAGGUGUGCUGCCUUGUUGUUAUACUCCCUGUUUCCUAUCAGCGCUGAAUCUUUUUCCUGAUCUUUAUUCAAUCUCUCUAAUAUCAUUUAUAAAUAUUUUUUUUGUCCCUCCUCCCUGCUUGAUACAUGGCCAGGGAGGGGGGCUCUCAUUCCCUGGUGGUCCAGUGGAUGGGCUGUGCAGGAGCGGGGCUGGGAGUGAGCUGUUACUUACCUUUACAGCAGCCCCUAUCAGCUCCCUUCUCCUGCGUUCCGGUCAGCUCACACUGUAAAUCUCGCGGUAUGCGACGCCGCGGCUCUUGCGAGAUUUACAGUGUGAGCUGACCGGAACGCAGGUGAAGGGAGCUGACAGGAGCUGCUGUAAAGGUAAGUAAUAGCUUGCUCUCGGCCCCCAACAGGACCGCCGGGCUUGUAAUGAGCCCGGCGGCCCUGGUCUGUAUUAUGGCAAUGUAAGUUGCCAUAAUACAGACCUUGACUCGAAUAUAAGCCGAGUGGAGCUUUUUCAGCACAAAAAAUGUGCCGAAAAACUCGGCUUAUACUUGAGUAUAUAUGGUAAUUGUUUUUUAAAUAGUGUUCAAUUUAUAUAGACUGUGCCAUGGAUAGCUAGCAUAUUAACUUGGGAUAUAACAGCAAGUUUGUGUGUAUAUUACUGUGUUGAGAUACCUAUAAAAGAAAAUGAUGCCAGUCUGCUCAGUUUUAAUUUAAUAAAUUAGGGGCAUAAUGCCCACCUACAGUAAGUACAAUUGCCUGACUAAAACUAAGCAUCUCUACCAUACAGGACAUUUCAUGUUGCUGUUGUAGCCUGUAGAAAAAGCUCUGUGUUUUUAUCAGUUCCCUUCUUCCAUAAACCCCCCUCUCCUUGGCUGAUAGAAAGUGGUCCUGUAUAGUGGGCCAUAAAACCUGCUUUACAGUAAUAGUCCGGGUAGGUGGCCUGCAUUCUCAGUCUGCAUCUUACUGAGGAACUCACCUUAACAUGAUGGAGAUAUCCAUUUUCUUUCUUUAGCAAAUGAGAAGGUACACCAAUCUUUACCAACCCCAUAUUGAUUUGCAUUACUUUCUGGCUCUAAAGGAAAUUUUGACCAAUAUAUAUAGAGUUAAGCUGUUAGAGGUAAUGUGGCAUUAUCACAUGAGGAGGUGGCAUGAAGGAUGAGAAGGGAAUGUGUUGCUUGACUUCCUCCGUAAUUACAAGAAUGAAAGACUUAUCGAUAUAUUAUCCACUAUCUGUUACCCACUAUCUCUGAUGAUGUGUCAUCUGCUCUCUUACCACAUCAUCAAACCCAGUUGUACGGAUCUUGCGGACCAGCAUAAAUGAUGAGUAUUAAUCACUGUUUCAUUUUUAGUAACACUGUCCCAAUACAUGUUCUUCUCGUCGCUGUGCGAUCACAAAAGUGAUGUCUCUUCUGUGUUCUGAUGCAUACCCACUCCUCCCUAGCUUCCUGGUGCCUCAUUGUGACAUCAUAUAUGACUGGGAACCCUCCCAUUGGUCUCCUAUUAUAAUGUGGCUCGUUGUGGCUCUUUCUCACACUUAUGACCUGAUGGCCUUCUGUAACCAAUCACAAACCAGUACAGGGUUUAUAUACUUCCUGGUUUUCCUUGUUUACUUGCCCUGUCGUGGUUUAUGUUUAUCUGAGAGUGUAUUACUUAUUCCUUUUUCUGACCUUGGCUUGUCUGACCAUUCUUGAUCUCUGUAACCCAGAUCGUGGCUUGUUUCUCAUUUCUGUGUACCUCUGUAAUCCCUGAUUGUUAACAUUUAUUCUGUGUCUGCUUGCAGACUUUCUGACUAUAAUCUCAGUGCUAGCCUGGCCACUUUAAAGACCGGUACUUAUACCUUCCUUGAAAAUACCUAGGUUUGUGGAUUAGGGUUAGGCAGAUGCUGGCAAAUACAUGUUGAAUAUGUAGGACCCUGUCUGGACUGGCUGGACAUUACCACUUCAGUCUCCAUAUUUUCUUACACAUGCUAAAACGACCUUUCCAAAGACGACCAUCCAAAAAAGCCAAAACAUGUCCACGGAAACUAUGAAAGUCGGCAAACAUUUUAUGUUUUUUUCCUCUUUUUCCUCUGCUAAUGUACUAGUACUCAGUGCUUUGCCUCCCUCUCCCCCUAUCUACUCUGGCUAUAUUGUGGCCAUAAGGCAUCGUAAUAUAGGCAUAGCAGGAAAAUACUUUUUUCUCUUAGAUUUAAAGGUGGUGUGUGAGGCACGGGUAUAAAUUGACAUCAGAUCCUCUUCUGUCAUGCACCACCUGCUCACCAGAACACACACUACACAACUAUGUCUGGAAAUGGACCAAUUCUAUCAGCUGGCCCAUGACCAAAGUUUCUCUUAUGUCCAAUCAAUAAUUCACUCUUCAUUCUGAUGAUUCCAAUGAUUCUUGAAUUGUGUUCUAUUUUCUGCUGUUUUUUGAUAUCCAGCUUAUACCUCAAGAAAAGUUGUUGUUUUCCCAUUUACGUAUCUGACUGUAUUACACGACUGGAUUGUUUCCUGAUGUCUGCUUUUCUUAUUCAUACUCUCCUUGGAUUUUUGAGGCACAAGUUCCAGUUCGCCUAUAUACUCGAUUCUUGUAUUUCGCUAAUGGAUUUGCUUACACUACCUUAUCUAGAAAGCAAUGCCAUGCAUCAUGUGUACUAUGUAUAAUAAUGUCAUAAUGCUACAUUGUUCGUAGAGUUCUCCAAUGCAUUGUGUCAUUAUUAAUCUAGCCCCAUCCCAAGAUACAUAUAACCGAAUUUAAAAAAUAUUCAACUUCCUUUAACAUAAAAGAGUUAACGCUAUGCCCAAUCAAGCAAUGCUUGUACAAUAAUUUAGAUAAAAUGUUUAGUAUUCAUAUUGGGCUAUUUCUGAGUAGUGUCUUCCGUCGGCGCCACAAUAUUUUCUCUGAUUGCCGAAUAUUUCUCCGGAGUCUCCUCAUUUGACUCCCUGCUCUUGCCUGAGUCAGACUGACACAGUUUAUCAAUUUCUCCAUUAGCGUUCUCAUUAUUUUCUUUUUAUUCUGUCUCUUCUCAUGUCAUCACUUUAACCUUUCACUCCUUUUGUAUUAUUAUCUUUGUUACGUCUCCCAGCAUUAUUCACUUUGUUACAGAGAAUAUGAGAAAAGAAGAUUGACUAAUUUUGAGUAAAAAAAAUAAAAAAAAAGUUUAAAAAAAAAGUAAAAAAAAAAACAGUCGAAAGUACUCCAAGAGAGAUAUGUUCAUUGUUGGGAGACAAGUCGAUCAGUGUUAUAAAUCUAAAAUGUAUCUUUACUUUAACCAACAAUGAGCAUGACCCUAGUAAUACUGUUAUGCAGUUGAAUUAAUAUGAUUGCAGCAUCAUUACAGAACCUUUUUCCACAAAUCAUUACCGUAUAGGAUAUACCAGUGUAUUAUUAUUCCAUGCUAUAAUCCUGUGUUCUUAGAACCCUAGUGGUUCAGUGGUGGACCUGCUGACUUUCAUUGACACUGGAAUCCCUGUUUACUGCAACUCCUACCAUUCUCAGCCAGCCAUGGUAAUUGAAGUCCAGUAAAUCUUGGAGGAACGCCAUACACAUAUCUAGAUAUUUUUGUAAACGUAUAUACCGCUAAAUUGCUUUCGUAUCUAAGAGAUUCUUUAUAUUUUAAACACACAAUUUUAAUCUCAAUACUUUCAUGGGAUAACCUAUAAAAUGGAGACUGCAGAAUUUAAAUAUGGUGGGGAUAUUUAGAUGGGAUCUGGAAUACAGUGCGUACCAGACUAACAUUGCCUUUGUACAUCUUGUUAGCUUUAUUUAUAUAUAAAAUAUUUUAUCAGAAGAACAAUAUAGCAUCUUGCUGCUUAUAAUCCAGCAAAGCGUGAUUUAGGGAUAUUUUUCCUCGCACAUUGACUCUGCGGUGAUAGAAAUAGCUGUGAUCAUGAGAUGGAUACAGUUGCCAAUGUCAUGUGUUUGACAAUGUCAUGAUGUUACGUAUUGCCAGGGGCCCAGAUGCUCUGCAGCUCAUUAUUCUAGUAGUUCAGAGCAGAAUUAGCUCCCAUACCACCACAACUUGUUGACAAUUGCUACACCAGCAUUCUAUGCUGGACUUCUUUUCUCCACUCUGAUCCCGGAACUCAGAAGGUCUCUGUGAGCUGCACAAUAUACAGACGAAGAGAAUGACGGACAGGCGCCCUUUAAUACCAUAAUUAUAUCCAAAACUCACGUGUUGAGCUAGAUUAGCUUUAAACAUAACUUUUAAUGCAAAAUAUUUAAAAUUGUAGACAGUCCUUUAUGUAGGGAAUAGAAAAUAUAAAAACAAAUCCUAAUAUUUUUUUGUAUGUGCAGCCAAACUAAAUCGCAGGUCUGCUCAUAGGUAACCUCCUAUAUCAUCCUUUCUCCAUUCUCCAGAUAUUAUUUAUGAAGCACCAACAUAUUUAACAGCGCUGUAUAAUAGAUGGACUAACAAAUAUUUUGCUGCAACAAGACAAGUUGGAUUUACAAGAGCAGAAAGUGCUGAUGGUCCUGCUCAAAGAAGCUUACAUUCUAAGCUGUGACAUACAGUUACUACAUUCAACAUAAAAUGUAACAUGUCAGCACAAUGUAUGGCCUCCCUUCUAUCUCAGCGUACUAAACAUCUCCACAGCAUUUCUAGGACACUUCCUGGGUGUACACAAACUGUAUUCACAUGACCAUUUGGAAUCGCUCAUUGUCUGGUUGAUGAUAAACAUUAUCAUUUAUCUUGUGAUUUAUCUGAUGUUUAUCACUGGAUCCCAAUCAUUGUAGUUCAUUAUGACCAUUAUGAUAUUUUUUAUUUUUUUUUGCAAAAAAAAAAAAUAUAAAUAAAUCAAAUCCAUGGGUGCACUACCUAAUAAAUGUGGCCUUCUGGCAGACUGGAUUUCUAGUCACCUUGCCCAGAUCAAUUGAUAAACGAGCCACGGACUCUAGAAUCCAAUGCAGGUGGCAUGUGUUAAAGGCAAGCUUUUAAAUUAUGGCACAUGAAAAGGUUAUCAUAAACUGAUAAUAGGAAACUAGUCUUACAAAUAAGUGAAAGUUGUGAAGUUUGUAAGAAUUUUAUAUCAAAAUGUGUUUUUUAUUUGUAUUGUAUAAAUUUACUUAUCUUUAGAUAGCCUUAAAGUAACACUCCAAGCACCAUAACCACUACAGCACAUGUUAGUACAGUUUGAAUUGUAACCUACUUAACUUUUCAAAUGCUUUAUUUAAAGAAGUCCUACUAAAGUUUACAAGAAUUUUUCUAGAUAUAGAUAAAAAGCUAAAAAUAUUAAUUAAAGAUCUUAGUGACUAAACCUUGUGCUUUCCACAUAGCGGCCAACUCUCCAUUCCCUUACUGGAUCAUUAUGUAAACAUGCAUUAUAUCAUUGUAAUUUUUCACAACAUUGUCCUAGAUGGUAAAUAAAUCUCUAACAUCCCUACUAGAAAAAAUCAAGUCAUGCUUAUAGAAAACAUGCAUUAAGUAAUGUACAAUAUAUGCAAACAUGCCUCUGCCUGCUGAAUAUUUUUCAAUAUUUCUUUUUUUGUCUUGACUGUAUCACAACAAACAACUCCAGCACUUGUACUGCAUGACAUGUUCGUCUUUCAGCCCUGAUUGCUGUCUCUUGUAGCCAAGGCGUUAAAUCCAGUGGUUUCAGCUAUAUCUGACUGCUGAUACCUAUCUGAUUCUCUCUGCUGAAAAGCUUUAUAAGGGCGGUUUUAAGCUGUUGAAAAAGAUGUCACGCAACAAAAUGUUGGCCUUUGUAACUUGAGCAAAGAGUUCCGAUUUCAUCAGGUUAGAACAAAGGGGAAGAUAAACAACGAAGAUGGCACGAUAUAGAAAGAUCGAAGGCAUAAAGUCGGAUUUGUAUGCAGUAAGCUAAGAAAUAUUUAACCUCAUCACAUCUUUUACUAAGAGACUCAGGAUAUGGCCUGAACAAGUUUGUUAACCUUAGGGUCUCUGAACUUUAGAAAAUUUAGAUCAAGAAAUAUUCUUAAGAAUACCUAAAUUUUGCCAGACAUUACCCUAUCACAAUAUUAAAGAGACCUGCUUUGGAUAUGUUUUUUCUAUAGUUCCGCCAUGAAUCCAAAGGCACUGGGAGCAUUUGGGGCAUACUUAUAAUGAUUACCCUUUCUUACCCAGAUUAUUGCCCCAUUUGAGAAAUUUCUCUUUGGUUGAUUUUCAGUUGUGAAGUGUAAAUGUUAAAGGGAUCCUAUAGUGCCAGGAAAACAAAGCUGUUUUCCUGGCACUAUAGGGUUAAUAGCCCCCCUCCCACGGGGCUGAAGGGGUUAAAAUCCCUUCAGACACUUACCUGAAUCCAGCUCCGAUUUACCUCGGCGCCGGGUCAGACUCCGCCCACACUCCUCACCCGCCAAUGUCAGCCGGCGGGGAGACCUAAUGCGCAUGCGCGGCAAUGGCCGCACGCGCACAUUAGACCUGUUCAAUGCUUUCCUAUGGGGAAUAUCUGACGCUGGAGGUCUGUGAGGACGUCCAGCGUCAGAUAACCGACCAAAGGUUGGUUUGGAUCUCGGAAGACUGUGGGCAGACUUAGAGCUGCAAUGUAAACAUUGCAGUUCUCUGGAACUGCAAUGUUUUACAUUGCAGCACUAAGUGCAAAAGAGUCACAGCACACAGACUACUUCAAUGAGCCGAAGUGGCCUGGGUGCCUACAGUGUCCCUUUAAGGUACACAUGUCUCCUAUGACAAAGUGAGAAUGAGAUAGUUAGUGUAUAAAGGAUCCUUAAAUAUGCACAGGUUUAAUCCAUGCCUAUAGUAGGGAGAAAUUGAGUACUAGUGUACAGGCCAGAAGCCAAGGGAUAUUUACUUAUUUAUAAAAUAUUUAACAAGGAAGGACUCAUUGAGAUUUCUCUCAUUUUCAAGUAUGUCCUGGGCCAACAACCAUUCCAUUGUUACAAUAGGGUACAAUAAUAUUACAAAUGCAAAACAAUAUUAAGAUACAGAUAUAUAAAUUUAACACAGACAGGUAAGACAUAUAAUCAGCCAUGAUUACAGAUGCAUUUUGUAUUGAGAUAUUUUGACAGGGAUCUCUUAAAGGAUCUUUGAAGAUUUGAAAGUGUCUGGGAGGUUAUUUCAUAAUUGCGGUGCUCUGGAGAAAAAUGAGGACCGAUCCACUUUAUUUUUGUAUUGUGGUAUGCUAAAUAAAGUGCUGGAAACAAGUGAAAUUUUGCAUAACAAGGCCAAAAUGGACAUAAAUCCAGUUAGGUUAAUACCAAAAAGGUUAGAAACACAAGAAGCUAUAUUUGAAGUAACCAUGACCACGUAAAGACAGGUCUGUCUGAAGGGCUUAUAUAGGUAGUGUUGUGGUGUCGGUGCCAUACCAGCAUUGCUAGAACAUCUGAAUGCCACACUGGAGAAUGUGGCUGCCAAAUGAUGUAUGGUGUGGAGUGAAGAAAUGAGUUCACAGGAAGAAAUAUCUGGCUUUGGAACAGUGGCGGAUCCAGGGGGGGCAAUGGGGCAGUGCCAGUACUAUCCAAGCGCCAGCCCUCCUAAGUGCCUUCAUGGACCAGAAGGGAGAUCAGAGAUCUCCCUCACUGUUCCGCAGGCACUUUGCUGGGCAGUCGGCACGGGAGGGAGAGCAGAUCCGUGAGCUCUAGCCUGCAGCUCCGCCGGGUCUCCUCUCCCGAGCACGGAGCGUUGCAGUGGUUCACUCCCCACUAGAACCGCCAGAGAAUUUCUCCACCAGACCACCAGGGCUUCAUAAUCGAUAUCCCCCCUCCCUGGGGAAUGGUAAGAUGGGAGGGGGGAUAUAAAGAAUAUUUUUUUUUAUGUAAAAAAAAUAUUUUUUUUAAUCUGCCACCUCCCCCAACUACUCACACACUGCCCCCACAUCCCUAACUGUACACUGCCCCACCACACCCACUGCCUCCACUGUAUCCCCAUACAUAAUAUAUCACACACUACCCCCCACUGCAUUCUCAAUUAUAAAUUGUUUAAAAAUAGAGGCUAUAAAAAAGACAACUGUGUCCAUUAAAUUAUUUUCAUUCAAUAAUACAUUUCCCUGAGGCCAGAAUCUAAUUAAUUUUUGAUGGGCCAUUAUGCCUUUGAUUAUGCCCAGUAGGUCAUUCACAGCAUUUCUGCUCUUCCUCGUAAAGAAAUGUUUCCUUUCUGUCUGUUUUGAAUUUACUUCCUCUGAAUGUAUUACAUUUGUGUCCUAGUAACUCAAACAAUUAUUUGCGAUCCAGAUGUUGGUUUAACCUAUUCAAUGCUAAAGGUGGGUUUGUGCAUUCGCUGUAGGAAACUUGUAACUCCCGUCAUAAGGGUACAUAAGUUGAUAUCUGUUGAUUAUUAUUAUUAUUAUAUUUAAAAUGUGUUUAGCGGCUAGUAUAGUAUUUUGCACCUAAAAAGAUACUCUAAGCACUAUAACCACUACAACCAGUUGUAGUGGUUAUGGUCCUAGCAGGCUGCGGUUGCCAUACCCUAGUUGUUUAUUAAAAACAGUUUUCAAGUGGUUUUACACAAAUGCAGGGUUCCCCAGCCGCCCUCUGCCCAUACCCUUGUAACAUUUUCACAUUGUCGCUGUCAAUUUCAUUUAAAUUAGGACAAUAUUGAUGGGCUGAGAGUAUCAGGUGACAUGCUCUGUCUAAUUUGGCCAAAUUGACUUUGCGAAUAAGGAAAUGUAACCUCCACAUUAGCAAUACGGUGAGCGAGGCGCCAGGCUUGUAAGCACAAAUAGAACACUUGAUUUGCGCUUAACCUCUUGAAAAGAAAGAGGAAUGAUGCCAACAGUCUGCCAGCACCAUAAACACUACGAUGGCUCAUAGGGUAAUUUUAAAUAAAUUCAAAGUAUGCUUAGAAAACGUUCCAAUGGAUAUGUAAAAGUUAUAGAAUAUAUAGACAUGUAUGCUGGAAUAAGAACACGCCAAAUAAAUCAAUUAAAGUAAUAUCUUAUUUUAUUUUGUCUUCCUAAAAUAGCCCGUGGUGCAGUGUAUGGAUCAGAGGAUAAAUAUCUUACAUGUUUUGAGUUGCAUUGCUUUUAAUCAUAAGAAGGCAUGCUGUUAAUUCAUAUCUUAUGCUGGAUCCUUAUCUGGCUGAAAGCCUGGUUCCCUUGUUGCUGCUGUCACAUACUGUUAAAAUCAUGCAAAAAAAGUUCAAAUUACAACUCUGAUGUUUUAAGUAGAAUAUGGGCUCUAACAGAACCUUCCCAUGGACGUUGAUGGACCACCAGGAAAGUUGAUGUCCACUGCUUCAAUGCUACUUGCAAAACAGAUCAAAACGGACUGUUGGGCAAGUGCCUCAUUCACCACUCCCUAAGGACGGGCAUGACUGACAGAAUAUUUUGGGGCGGCAUGUUUGUGUAAUCUAUUUUAAGACACUUUGUUCCCUUGCCUCCGCUAUUACUCACUUUGUCAUCAAUUACCAGCAUUUCCCUGCAUCUUGAUAAAAUCGAGGACAGGGAAACGGGACGUAUAGAGGCUGAGGCAAACAAGAAAAAUCCCAUGAGUGCAGAAGUGAAAUUAUUAUCAGCCAGAUAGAGAUAUGAAAUAUAGAGAUGAAAGUGCCAGAGGUGGAACAUUUUAAUACUCUGAUAUAAUACAAGAGUAAUGUACAGUUGUAAUUAUAAUUUGUUAAUCCCCUUUGCAAAUCAGGUUUAUUGUCAAAAUCUACAGACUUUCAGCUGUUUGCAAUGAACAAAUCAAACAAAAACAAUUGAAAUAGCCCAACACAAUGAAUGCUUCAAGUGGUUUUCCCAAAUUCAACUGAAAAUGCAGCUUAUAAUGACUUCUCCAGUCUCAAAAUGAUUCAACACCCUAAAUAGAAUCCCUCACAACAGCACACAUAUGCAAAACAGGUGUUGUCGCAAGCACACCUGAUGCAGCUAAUCAAGGGCUUCAUUAGUUGUACCACGUGUGCUUGAGCUGGAACACUUUUAUUACCUGAACUGGCUAGGGGUUUGUUAAGUGUCAUGUUUGAUUGUAUGUUACAAAUAUGGCAAAAGAAUGAUCCACAAAGUUAAGAGAAGAGAUCAUUGCCCUUUACAAACAAGGACCAGGAUACAAAAGAUAGCAAAGGCACUGAAAGUUCCUAGAGAUAUCAUUGGACACAUAGUUCCCAAGUUCCAAGAUGAAGGAACAGUGGUUACACUACCUCGAUGGAGCAAAAAAAGGGAAGCUAUCCAUGGCUGCAACCAGAUUUUCUAAGAAGGCAGGUUGUGAAAAAUCCUUGAGUGACUGCAAAAGACUCAGUCUAGCAAUAGGCACUGAGGUUUCAAGGAGCACAGUAAGACUUGUACUAAAUGCAGAUGGUUUCCAUGCCAGAACACCAAGAGGUACACCACCACUGACCCAAAAGUACAAGAAAAGUUGGCACCAAUAUGUUCAAAAUCUUAUAAAUAAGACACAGCAACUUUGGGAUUCUAGUCUGUGCAGCGAUGAAACAAAACUGGAACUUUUUGGCCCAAUGGAUCAGCAGUAUUUCUGGUGGAAGAAAAAUGAAGCAUAUACUGAAAAGAAUACUCUGCCUACAGUUAAGCAUGGUGGUGGCUGCAGAGUAUGAAAGGCAAGAUGGAUUAAUUGAAAUUUCAGGAAAUACUAGUAGAAAAUGUUGUGCCGUCUUUGAGGAAGCUGGGGCAUCAUUGGACCUUGCAACAAGACAAUAAUCCCAAUCAUAACUCAAAUUGCAGAAGAAUUCCUGGACAAUUCUACAGUGGCCAUAACAGUCACCUAACUUGAACCCCAUAGAAAAUCUCUGGUGGGAUUUGAAGAAGGCGGUUGCAGCACGCAAACCCAAGAAUAUUACUGAACUGAGCAGUGGGCUAAGAUUCCUCAGGAACGCUGCUAUAAGCUGGUGUCUGGCUAUGCAUCUCGUUUGCAGCAGGUCAUAACAACAAAAGGAUGCUCUACUAAGUACUAAAGAUGCGUGUCAUGCAGGGAUUGAAUGAUUUGGGGGAAUGGAAAAGUAAUUUUAAAUUGCAUUUUCAGUUAAAUUUGGGAAAACCAUGUGAAGUAAUUGUUGUGUUUAGUUAUUUCAAUUGUUUUUGUUUAAUUUGUUUUUUGUAAACAGUUGAAAGUAAAAAUUUUGACAAUAAACCUGAUUUUUAAUGGGGGUGAGUAAUUUUGAUUACAAAUGUAUAAAUAAAAACAUAUAAAAAGUAAUGACCUGUAUAAAGACAUACAAAAAAUGCAAUCAGUAUUAUGGAAAAUAUAGCUACAUAAUUGGUAAACUCAAGGGAUUAUUCAUAAACAUAUGAUACUGAUUAUUCAUAAACAUAUGAUAAACAUAUGAUACUGUAUUAUGACAAAACCGACAGAUUUAAGGAGGUGAAUGGCAAAUAAAUUACUGAAAGAUCUUUAUUGAGACUAACAAUGCAUCAUUAUUGCUGAAUGGAAUUUUGUGGAUAAGGUUGUACAUUUAAAAAGCCUUCUGCAUGGUUUAGUGAGUGUGUCUGCAUGGAUCAGUGUGUGUAUGCAUGGGUCGGUGUGUGUGUCUGCACAGGUCAGUGUGUGUGUCUGCAUGGUUUAGUGAGUGUGUCUGCAUGGGUCAGUGUGUGUCUGCAUGGGUCGGUGUGUGUGUCUGCACGGGUCGGUGUGUGUGUCUGCACACGUCAGUGUGUCUGUCUGCAUGGUUUAGUGAGUGUGUAUGCACGGGUCAGUGUGUUUGCAUGGGUCAGUGUGUGUGUCUGCAUGGGUCGGUGUGUGUCUGCAUGGUUUAGUGAGUGUGUAUGCAUGGGUCAGUAUGUCUAUGCAUGUGUCAGUUUGUGUGUUUGCAUGGGUCAAUGUGUGUGUGUCUGCAUGGGUUGGUGUGUGUGUGUCUGCAUGGAUUAGUGAGUGUGUGUAUGCAUGGUUUAGUGAGUGUGUAUGCACGGGUCAGUGUGUGUAUGCAUGGGUUAGUGUGUGUAUGCAUGGGUCAGUGUGUGUGUCUGCAUGGGUCAAUCUGUGUGUGUGUCUGCAUGUGUCAGUGUGUAUGUCUACAUGGGUCGGUGUCUGUGUGUCUGCAUGGGUCAGUGUGUGUCUGCACGGGUGUGUGUGUGUCUGCACGGUUUAGUGAGUGUGUAUGCACGGGUCAGUGUCAGUUUGUGUCUGCACGUGUCUGCCUGCAUUAGUGUUUACCUGAGUACACUUCUUUAUUAAUUGCAGGAGGAUCAUUACUGUCUAUGUUAAAAUAUAUUAAAGUAACACUACAGCAUUAGGAAUAUAAAUAUGUAUGUCUAAUGCUAUAGUGCCCUAGUCACUGUUUAGAUGACUUAGCUAGCUCUGCAACGGUCAAAAAAAGGUAUUUUACUUACCUUACAGCCCUAGGUCUCCCUGCUCAAGCUCCACCUCUUUGGCUGAGUUCAUCAACGAUUUCAGUCAAUCCAAUGCCUUCCCACAGGAGCACAUUGGUAGGCUAGUGCACAUGUGCAGCAAUGCACUGGGUAAACUAGCAGAGUUCUAGUCUGCUCUUUUAUGGAAGCACUUUUAAUGGCUUUCAUACUGACUGCCGCUAGACGCUGGUUAACCCUGCAAUGUAACUGCACUGUUAUAAGGGGGGCACAUAGCACUCAGACUAUGUCAUUGAGAUCAAGUGGUCUGGGUGCCCACAGUGUUCCUUUAAAGGAUGGUCUAAUUGCAGCCCUCUUUUUCAGAGUAUCAGUGACACGGUAGCAUUUAUUUUAAUAUGUCGUACUAUAACCAGAAUAAAGUGGAUGCUUAUUUGUGUGUAUAUAUGUGUGUAUACUUAUUUUUCAAUCAUUUACUACCAGGGUCCUAGAUAGAACAAUAUGUUGCUCAGCUCUCUAAACUGUAAAGGCUAAAAAAAACCAUUUUAACCCCUUAAAGACCAAACUUCUGGAAUAAAAGGGAAUCGUGUCAUGUCAUGUCAUGUGUCCUUAAGGGGUUAAAGUAGUGCUGGCUGGUAUUGGCACUGCAAGUGACUGUAAGCUAUGACCUAUACAUUGGGAUCGUAUAAAUAAAACUGCAUGUAUUGGAACAGAAAAAGGAAUGUUCGUAUCUGUGCUGUGAAUUUAAAUGUAACUAUGUAUUCCUUCCCCACAGGAAUGUUUUUGAUUGGAUAGUAUACUUUUUACUUUUCGCCGUCAUCCUAACUCACAUUGCGGAUAUCGUUGUUCGACACAAUUCAAACCUGCAUACGUCUCAUGUUCGUGUGUUUGCUGUCACCAUUAUUUUCCUUUGGUUACGGCUGAUGAAGCACGCUCGAGCCAUCCGGUGAGUACACAAGAAAAUACGUUUCUUAAACUGCAUAUUGAAACCAUUAGUCCUAUUUCUUUUAAUCCCUAAUCUCAGAUCACCAAAGUAAAGCUGUGGAAAUAUUAAUGGUUAAAAUGAAAGCACGUAUUUUAAAUUUGAAACUAGUCUCAAAUAAGUUAUUUUUCUAGAGAUCGGAGACAGUAAGCUAAUAAAGAAUGUGACAGACGUCAAUGGAAUGUCAGUAUGAGGACUCUCCCUGUGGAAUCUCUCCAGUCCAGUGUGUCUCUCAGACCCUGUAUGCCGUGCCUGGUCACGACGGAACACUGAUUCACUAAAUUCUUAAUUGUAGCAUAUUUAAAUCAAAACUAAAAUUUAGACUUAAACAAGUAACCUUAAAAACAAACACAUUUCCAACUCCACUAUAGUCGCAACUUAGCUAUUUUAGCCUCAAGUUUGCCAUUUUAAUUUAAAAAACAUUUUUUACAUUGAUGCCCAACGGAAAAGCGCACAAGGGCACACAUUUAUAAAACAAAGGAGACAUAUCAGAUACAAUAAACUGUAGUAUGGAUAAACAAAAAUACCUCCUGUCUCGAGGUGGCAUAGCUUAGUAUUUUUUUUUUUAGUUAACUAAGAGCUAAUCCGGGUGCUUGUUAUCGAGACCUUGCCAAGAAAGGGCUUACAGUGAGCCAAUACUAAUAAUCGGUGGGUAAAAGUGUGCUGGUCCAUGGGUCAUUUAUGCGGGCACGGGGUACUCCUGGCUAGUAACUGUAAAAAAAAAUUAACAAAAGGAACAUAUCAAACGACACUCUAACACAAUUAUUGUAGUGGCUGCGCAUUGUGGAUGUAACAAUCUAUUGCCCAGCUGUGAAGCAGUGUGGCCUGCCGAAAUUACUCAGGGCAAAAGGCACAAUGCCAGACUAAAGUGCACCUCCGUUACUUUGUUAUAUUUUGCUCUGGAUCUAUUUUGGGCUAGGUGGUGGUUGAGGGGGAGGUAUGUAAUCCCUGCGCGUAGCCAGGCCUGCCAUUUUGAUUUUUAUUCAGAGUUUAGAGAAUAAACUCCAUUGUUUUGCAUUGUAACCAAAGGUUUACCACAGUAUUCUAAAAAAAAACAAAUAAACAUGUUUUACAAUGAAACCAGGAAAAUUAUGUCAUAAACUCAGUUUGCAAAUUAAUAAAUGCAGCAAAGCAAACAAAUACGUUAUAUACCAGAGUUACACUUCAAGCUGAAAGGAUUAAUACAUUAAUUAAUACAAGUAUUAGCAGAGCAAUCAAGUCGUUUUCUGUUGUUUAAUAAUUAGACGUCUUCAUCAAGUUCAAACAGUUCAAUGUAUGUAACUGUACAUGUUUGUGUUUAUAUGGCUCAAAUUAUACAGCACUAGUCAGAGGUCAGAUUCUACGUCAAUGGCCAAAGUCAAAUAAUUGUAGAGUCUUUAUCUGAUCUAGAUAGCCUACUGUACCUGCUAAAAACAAGUAACAGAUAUUAGUGUGUACUUGUAUUCACUUUUGUAUCACACAGCCAUGUUACAGUGCUGCAGCCCCGCCCAUAUGUUCCUUAUUAAGGGUUAGUUAGUAUGUAGGGGUUUAAUAAAAUACCCCUCUCUGUCUCAUUAGAUAUUUUUUUGCCUGAAGCUGAAGGAAGCAAGGUGAAUUGUCAGUGUAGGACGGACCCACCUAAGAGGUUUUCCUUGACAUGGAAGGUGGGCUUACAUCUAAUGGCCAAUGGAGUGAAACAAAAAAACCUUAAUUUGUCUAAACAUGCAUAGGGAUUUGGGGUAAUGCACAAGUAACUAUUUUCUUGUUAUUGUAUGUGUUGUGGCUGUGUACUGUGGUCAUUGCUGCCGCCCAAGAGUAGUAGGAUUCUAAGCGCAGGACCUAUUUUUCUGUAUUUACACCAUUUUUGACUCCAUGCAAAAUGCCCUUUGUUAAACCAUCAAGAAUAAGCAAUCACAAUCCUUUCAAAGAUGCGUUAUUGACACUUAAAUAGAACCACUGGUUCCAGCUAAAAUUACUUUAUAAGCCGCAUAAUACACUUUUCAACAAUUAUCCGGUACCCUAAAAAGUUGCAGUGUUUACACACAAACAAACUAACAGUUGUUGAUGUUUGCAAACAAUGUCACAAAAGCUUUACUUACCAUUAGUGAUGUCCCGAACGGUUCGCCGAACGGUUCACGAACGGUUCACCACGAACGGUUCGCCAUGGACUCAUCAUUGAGUAAACUUUGACCCUGUACCUCACAGUCAGCAGACACAUUCCAGCCAAUCAGCAGCAGACCCUCCCUCCCAGACCCUCCCACCUCCUGGACAGCUCACUAAGAAUGCAGCUUCACAAUGAAUGUAAAAUGGAUGCUGUCCAGGACGUGGGAGGGUCUUGGAGGGAAUAAACAGUAACUUAAUUAUUGUUAUAGUUAAUGAUCUGGUAUAUUAAUUCUCUCUGUUUCAGACUUUUAGGUCCAUUUAUUGUGAUGCUUGGAAAAAUCACGAAGGAUGUGCUUAAAUUCCUAUUUUUAUAUGGAGAAUUUUAUAUCCCUUAUGCCUGCGCCUUCUGGAUUAUUUUUGGAGGUAUCAUUUGCUUUUAGUAAUAUUGAUCAUUUUAGCGGUUUUGUAUUCAGCAUGGUUUUACAUUUAGAUAAUGUGUUUUUUUUUUUUUAUCUUGGCUAUACAGGACACGUGAGUAAUAUGAGUAAUGUUCCCCAAUUGCUGUUUACUAUUUUUCGAAUCACCCUGGUUGAUGACUAUAAUUUCGAAGAUAUGUAUGACGUUGAUCCCGUAAUGGCUUAUAUACUGUGUGGGACCUUCUUGGGAGUUUCAGCAAUUCUCUGUAUUAAUCUACUCAUUGCUCUGCUUGCGGAUACAUUUCAAAGGUAUUGUACAUUUUUAAUAAUUACUAAGAGUUUCAAAUUAGUAACAGCAACUCAAAUGGGGUCUUACGCAACUCCUGUCUAAUAACCCCAAAAAUUCUAAAAAUAAUAUUCUCUAAAGAUUACUCUUUAUAACAGAAGGGUCUAUCUAAACAUCAACUAUAAGCUAAAGCAGUAAUAGAGCCAUCCAAUGCAACUGGCUGGAACACACAAAUUAAUGAAACACAAGGUGGCACUAUUUCAACAUUAUAUUUAGUUUUUUUUCUUAUAAUUGGGAUUUUUAAUGAGACACUGGAAUAAUACAAUGUUCACAACAUCUUAUUAUAAAAUAAUAAUUCAAUGGAUAUUUACAAACACAAAGUAGGUAUAUCCAGACAAAUAUAUGUAUAAACUAAAGGAUCCGGGGUAAAAUUAAUUUAAUAGCUCUAGACCAGGCUUCCCCAAACCCCAAUGAUUCUCAGCCUAUCUAUUUCAUUCAUAGAAUCAUAGGAGUUGUAGUUCAGCAACAUCUGGAGGGCCGGAGUUUGGGGAAGCCUGCUCUAGACUGUAAGUUGUCAUCAAUCUACUGUUCCUGUAACAUUUUGUACUUGUCUUGUUACAGGAACCACCCUCUAAUAAUAUUGUAAAGCGCUGCGGAAUAUGGUGACGCUAUAUAAAUGCCAAAAAUAAAUAAUAAUAAUAAUAAAUAAUAGCUGGGUCACACUCUUAAAGUCAUUAAAUACAUUUAAUAUAUAUUAAAUUGUCAUUUUGUUUAAAAAAAUAUACUUGUAUAUUUAAAAAAAAAAGUUUUUUCACAAAUUACAAAACAAAAGUAAAUUGCAAACAAGCAUAUUUAGCUGUUAGAAAAAGUGAUCCCCCCAUUAAAAUAUAAUAAUUUUUUUUUAAAUUUCAAAUAUGCAUUACUAUAUAUGGUUACGAUAAUAAUAUGUAUAAAAGGCAGAAGUCCCUAUAGUAAAGGGAUUCCCAGUAGAUAGUAAAAUAAAGUAAAAUGUAUUUAUUUUUAUUCAGGUGCAUAAUACACAAAUGGUUGCCAGUAGUGAUAUCCCGAAUGGUUCGCCGAACGGUUCGCGAACGGUUCGCGAACGGUUCGCCACCAAUGGUUCGCCACGGACUCAUCAUUGAGUAAACUUUGACCCUGUACCUCACAGUCAGCAGACACAUUCCAGCCAAUCAGCAGCAGACCCUCCCUCCCAGACCCUCCCACCUCCUGGACAGCAUCCAUUUUACAUUCAUUGUGAAGCUGCAUUCUUAGUGAGCUGUCCAGGAGGUGGAGGGUCUGGGAGGGAGGGUCUGCUGCUGAUUGGCUGGAAUGUGUCUGCUGACUGUGAGGUACAGGGUCAAAGUUUACUCAAUGAUGAGUCCGUGGCGAACCGUUCGUGGCGAACCGUUCGGCGAACCGUUCGGGACAUCACUAGUUGCCAGUAUACUCAUAUAGCAGAUAGAUAUAAAUUAAUUCUCCUUUUUCUGUACUUGGAAUCCCAGUGGCAAAAUAAUUGAAAAUAUGACAUAAAAAGCACACAUAUAUUGAGAACAUGAAAUAAACAACAGAGAGAAUUGUAUUCCUUCUAUAAUGUCGCAUGCUGAUGGGUUAAACCUGGUGCAGCGGGCGGCAUGAAGAUGUUAAUCGGUGAUGAUUAAUUCCCCCAUAACCAACCAAAUUAAGACUGGUUGCUGAAAUGCUUGGAGGGACCCUUUAAAUAUUAGGAGCAUAGAGAUAGAGCUAAGUGAUCUACAGAAAAAAAAGUAAAGGAAGACAAAACCAUCAGACAUGGGGGAAUUAGUACGAGGAGCUUCUGAAGGUGGCAAAUUGGAGCAUACUAGAUACAGGUUGUGAUACUAUAAAUAAAAUAGUAAUAAUAAUAUUCCUUUAAUAUCUUUCAACCCUAGGGUAUAUGAUAAUGCAACAGCAAAUGCAGCCAUGCAGCAAGCUAGCACACUACUCCAAAUGGAAGAAAAUCUUAAUAAAAAGAACAAAGACAAGUUUGCUAAACAUAUCCAGACAAACUGCGCUCCACUGACCCUGUUCUAUGACGAUGAUCUCACAGUUGACCAAGAUGAUGACCUGAAAAAAGUCACCAUCCAGAUCAAGGUACGUCAGGAUACUAUGCAAUAUCCUGCAAUAGUCCCACCAUAGAAGCAGAUAAAUGGUAUUUAAUGUAUUGUUAAUUAUUAAACCAAACGUUCCCCCAAUUUGCAUGCUGUGAUAUCAGAGGAUGUUCGAAGAAUCACCUUCUAAAAGAGGGCUAGCAGGGUAUGGGGACCAAUUACCCAACAAUGACACUGGCAUACAGGGGUUGUGGGCUGCAGCAUCAAACCAUUUUUCUGUAGACUAGAAUAGCAGGAGUUGCAUUGGGAUGUUUGUUGGUAGAGUACUGCAUACUUCCCAAGUGUCCCUAUUUAGGAGGGACAGUCCCUAUUUUAGUACCACAUUCCUCUCUCCCGCUUUUCUCCUAAUGUCCAACUUUUCUAGAAGAUUCAUAUUGUUAGAGUGUCUGAGUGUAUAACAGAGCUCCAGAGAAAUAUAAUUCACAGUAAUGUGUCUUUAAAUUACAAUAAAUGUGUUUAGAGAUCAGUCUGUGUAAAUAAGAUACAUUUUUCUUGUUGUGAUUUACAUUUAAAGAGGCACUGUCACCGUCAGUGAUAGUCCAACACAGUCAGUAUCAGUAUUUCAGAAAUAUUCUAUCUUUAUGAAAUAUUAAUUUGUCAGAGGGGUUUUAAGCUGCAUAAACUGUUAUCAGUAAGUCUCCUAAAACUUCUCAGAUUCACAUUUGUACUUCGCCACCAGGCCAAAAAUUGUCAGCCCUCCCCUAUUUCCCAGUCAUACCUCCCAACAAUUCCAAUGGUUCCGCUUACAAUUUAAGAGGCAUGGUUGAAGGUGAGACCAUAGGACAAGGUACAGUACAUCAAGAAUAUUUUAGAUGUCUUCAUUCUCGAUUAACAUUUGUAUAGUUAAUAAUGUAAUUUUGGAGCCAGACUAAUCUAUCCUUAAUUACACAGACAAAAUAAAAAGUGACAGAGUCCCUUUAUGGUUAGUUCUUGAAUAGAAGGAACGUGCAUGGUACAGAGAACCCAUGGUCUAGAUAGAUUGUGUUCAUAGUUCCUUUAGCCUUUAUUUAUAAUUGAUUUCCGUCACAAGAUAAUCUAAUUUUAAAUGUAUAAAGAAGUAACUGUGAAGGCCUACUUUGUCAUAAUGCAUUCAGCACAAUCUAACACAGUUGUUUUUUCUCUGUCAAAUUGUUGUGAUAAACGGCUUUGUGCGGGGGUGCUUCAGACUGAGUGUUUUGUCAGUGAAUCAAUCUUGAUGUGAAAACUACACAUAAUAAAAUGUGAUGCCUCAUAAAGAGAGACAAUGACCUCUAUAACCAUAUAUGAUCUGCGUAGGGUGACACUGGAUUAAAAACAAGAGAUGCUAAUUGCUUUAUUUAGUGCGGAGGACGACACACACAGACAAAGAUCAAAGUCUUUCACUGGGUAUGCGAAAAAAGAUCAGGAAACCAACCUAAUAAUAUCAUUGUUGAAUGUAAAAGCCAUGGAUAUUAUUCAAAUUGCACUUCAAACAUUUUUAAUUAACUUGUGAUUGUGAUCCAAACUACAAGUGACAUGCUGUAACGGCGUUCUCCAUGCGGCAUUUCACAAAUAGUGGGGUGUUUCUGCAACCUUUUAUUAUGGGUAUUCUCAUGUGAAAAAAUAUUUUUCAGAUUCUCUGUUAAUCUCUAAAGCUUUGAUGACAAACAAGGUUAUUAUCCCUCCCGGUCAUGACCAGGUCAUGAUGGACCAUAUACUAUUCUCAUUAACAAAUCAACAGAUUUCUGCCAAUACUAAAUAAAGGAAAAUCAAGGUCAGAGCACGUCUCCUUUAACCCAGGGUGCUAUGGCUUAUAGAUUAUUGGUGUCGAACUAAGACCACCUCACAGAUGCUGUCUUACUACAUUCCCCAUACUUCUUAGCCAGCCUAUGACUCACAGAUAAAUAUAGGAUUUAUAGUUCGAAAACUGCUAGAUGAGAAGACCAGUUUGACCACACUAACAAAGACUGGCACUUGUCUGUAAAAAUUUAGAUGAAGAAUAAGCUAAUUAGAGGACCAGAUUUGCUUCUCAGGUGCCUAGACACAUAGAUGUUUCAGACACCCCAAAUCCCCUCCAAAAAAAUCAAAUUCUCCUCUCCUUCCUCAAUGAUUAGGAAGAUGCACAAAAGAGUCAGUAGGCAUAUAUAUAUUUUACUCCCCCUUCAAGUAAAAACAUAUUGUAGUAAAAAGUAUAUUGCAACUUAUCUAAAAAUGAAAUGUCUUCACUAUUUCCUCAGUGUCACGGCCCCCGGCUUGCGGCAGCACGAAACUACAACAUCGGAAACAGGGAAUUAUUGGCCUUUAUUCUAGCUCUUAAAGAAUGCAGGCAUCUCUUAGAAGGUUCCAAAUAGCCACUUUUGAUUUUCACGGAUCAUAAGAAUAUGGCUUACAUUGGGGACGCUAAGAGAUUGUCUUCCCGACAGGCUAGAUAUUCACUUUUCCUUUCACGUUUUAAUUUUAUUAGUUACAGACCAGGCACUAAGAAUAAUAAGGCCGAUGUUCUGUCUAGACAGUAUGAUACUAAUGAGUUUCCAGACCAGAAGACAUCUCCUAUCAUAACCCCUGAGUGUCUUAUAGCUACGACUGUUUCAGAAUUGUCUUCUCCGCUCCUUUGUGCCAUAAUAGAAGAUCAAAUUCAGGCACCAGCAGAGAAACCAUCUAAUAAACUGUUUGUCUCACCAUCACAGAGAUCUGAGAUACUCAAGUUAUACCAUGAUAACGUGACAGCUGGACAUCCUGGUAUACACAAAACCCUCUCUGCCAUUACUAGAAAGUUUUGGUGGCCGUCACUUAGAGGUGAUGUCAAGGAUUAUGUGGGAGCAUGUAGAAUUUGUGCUGUGUCCAAGGAUCCCCACAAAUCACCUUCUGGGUUGUUAGAGCCACUUCCAAUACUAGAUGCUUUGUGUACCCACCUAGCCAUGUAUUUCAUUGUUAAUCUCCCGAGUUUUAAUGGGUGUAACACUAUCCUUAUGGUAGUGGACCGUUUCUCCAAGAUGGCACAUUUUAUACCUCUCAAAAAACUGCCAUCAUUCCAGGAUCUUGUCCAAGUAUUCUUCCAUGAAAUCUUUAGGCUACAUGGGAUACCGAAAAACAUAGUCUCUGACAGAGGUACCCAAUGUAUUUUCAGAUUUUAGCAAUUUUGGAUUUUAUUUCUGCAAACAGUUGGGCAUAGAACUUUCUUUUUCCUCUUCGUAUCACCCUCAGACCAAUGGGACGGCGGAGAGAGCUAAUCAAGCCUUGGAGUCUUAUUUACGUUGCUUUAUUGAUGCCAAUCAGACUAACUGAUCAGAAUUCCUGCCCAUGGCUGAAUUUGCUAGAAACAAUGCAACCCACGAGUCCUCUACUCUUUUUUUGUACGUAAUGGUUAUCAUCCCACUAUAUUACCUUCUGAUUUUUCAGAAUCUGACAUUCCCGCUUUAGACGUCCGUUUGGCCUCUAUCCGUGACACUUGGGCUUCGGUACAUGAAGCGUUACAGGCGGCCUCCAGACAUACUAAGGUUCAGGCAGACAAGCGGUGUGGUGCCAGUCCUGUCUAUCAAGCUGGGUACAGGGUCUGGCUUUCCACGGCUCAUAUCAAAUUGAAAGAAUUUUCCAUGAAACUGGCUCCUCGCUUUAUAGGUCCUUUCCGAGUCCUUCGACGGAUUCAUCCUGUGUCAUACUCUCUCGCCCUUCCUGCAGAUUUGCAAAUAUUGAACUCAUUCCAUGUGUCUUUUUUAAAACCACUUACUUGCAACCGGUACGCCAAACAGUUUGUUCAUCCACCUCCUCUGAAACUUAGAGGGCAGGAGGAAUUCGAGGUCUGUUCCAUACUGGAUUCCAGGGUGUCUAGGGGUAUGUUGUCUUAUUUAGUGGAUUGGAAAGGUUAUGGUCCUGAGGAAAACUCUUGGAUCGCUGCUAGAGUCCAUACUCCUCAUCUUGUCCGGUCGUUCCACAACCGGUUUCCUAACAAGCCUGCUCCUUCCCGCCCAGUGGGCGGUCUUCCAGUGGGGGGUACUUUCACGGCCCCCGGCUCGCGGCUGCACCCGAUCGGUGCGACCACACUGAGAGGUUGGAGGAAUUAACUGUUCAGCAACGAGCCAGGAACCGACCCGCUGGGGCGUCCGUCCCCUUCACAUGCAGGGUCCAAAAUGCCACCAAUUCCUGACUAUUCUGAUCUCUGGUUUCCCUGACUUGGCUUUCUUAUCAGUCUUGUGUAUUUCUGGCUUCCUUGACCUCGGCUUUCCCUUGACCAUUCUAUGUCUUUCAACAUAUUAAUCCGGCCAUUCUAAGGACCGGUUUACGUUCUGUCUAUUUUUCUAUUCUAUGUAGAUGUUACAUAGUUUUGCGUGUUGGAUCAAGUGUGGUUAUUGUGGUCAAACUGGUCUUCUCAUCUAGCAGUUUUUGAACUACAAAUCCCAUAUUUAUCUGUGAGUCAUAGGCUGGCUGAGAAGUAUUGGGAAUGUAGUAAGACAACAUCUGUAGUUGUGACACGCAGUCUCUAUUAUGCCUUUCUCUCAAGUCAAACCUCCACCUUCUUUAAAGCACCUAAACGAGACAAUGAAGUAGCAUGGGUUGCCAGUGCCCGGGACAAGGCAAGUAUUGUGCCCUCUAGCCCGUGGACUGUUAGCACUCCCCGAGUCCCUUAACGGUCCCCUAGAUAGCCGUAUUGCUCAUUCCCGUCUCGUCUCCGUGAUGUGUAUCACACUGAUAGUUGUGUUGCAUAAUUUUGAAAAACCACCUAAUGCCUAAGAUAAUGUAUAUAGUCUACGCCACUGAAAAAGACAGUCUAAGUACCAUAACCACUAUAGCCAUUAUAUUUGCUAUGGUGUUAGGAGACUUAGUGCAUGAUUCCACACUUUUUUGGCAAAACAUUUUUGAGCAGUUUGACAAAAAUCUCAUGCACCUGUGACUCCCCCUUUCACUUGCCCAAUUGCUAAUGUGGAAUAUAUAUGAACGCGUCAGAAUUACACUGAGGGUUAUUCACUUAAGUGAGAAUUCAAAGUGAAUUUUAAAUGUAAUGUCAAAAUAGCCAAGCUGGAAAAAUUAUCUAUGCUCUCAGUUUGGCCAUAAGUUUGAAAUUCACUUUCAAUUCUCAUUUUACUAGAUAAUCCUGUAUAUGUUCUCUGAAACAAAACUGAUUUGUUACCUCGGCAACUAAAACAAUAAUACCGCUCAGCAGAAAGAAAUCAGAUUAAAGUAUGAAAUCAGAGUAAAGUAUGAAAAUCUAAUUUUCACCACAUUUGAAUGGAGCUUGAAGAUUACAUGUUGCCUGUGGGUUAGGAAAGGAGCUAUGGCACAGAUUUACAGAGUUUGUUUAUAAUAAAUUAUUAACAUACAGUUUAUAGUUUCAACAUGUGUAACAGCACGUAUGUUGGUGCUAACAAGUUAGGGUACCUCAGGGAUCUGUACUUGGACCCAUUCUCUUUAAUAUUUUUAUUAGUGAUAUUGCAGAAGGUCUUGAUGGUAAGGUAUGUCUUUUUGCUGAUGAUACUAAGAUAUGUAACAGGGUUGAUGUUCCAGGAGGGAUAAGCCAAAUGACAAAUGAUUUAGGUAAACUAGAAAAAUGGUCAGAAUUGUGGCAACUGACAUUUAAUGUGGAUAAGUGCAAGAUAAUGCAUCUUGGACGUAAAAACCCAAGGGCAGAGUACAGAAUAUUUGAUAGAGUCCUAACCUCAACAUAUGAGGAAAGGGAUUUAGGGGUGAUUAUUUCUGAUGACUUAAAGGUAGGCAGACAAUGUAAUAGAGCAGCAGGAAAUGCUAGCAGAAUGCUUGGUUGUAUAGGGAGAGGUAUUAGCAGUAGAAAGAGGGAAGUGCUCAUUGUACAGAACACUGGUGAGACCUCACUUGGAGUAUUGUACACAGUACUGGAGACCGUAUCUUCAGAAGGAUAUUGAUACCUUAGAGAGGGUUCAGAGAAGGGCUACUAAACUGGUUCAUGGAUUGCGGGAUAAAACUUACCAGGAAAGGUUAAAGGAUCUUAACAUGUAUAGCUUGGAGGAAAGACGAGACAGGGGGGAUAUGAUAGAAACAUUUAAAUAUAUAAAGGGAAUCAACACAGUAAAGGAGGAGACUAUAUUUAAAAGAAGAAAAACUACCACAACAAGAGGACAUAGUCUUAAAUUAGAGGGACAAAGGUUUAAAAAUAAUAUCAGGAAGUAUUACUUUACUGAGAGGGUAGUGGAUGCAUGGAAUAGCCUUCCAGCUGAAGUGGUAGAGGUUAACACAGUAAAGGAGUUUAAGCAUGCAUGGGAUAGGCAUAAGGCUAUCCUAACUAUAAGAUAAGGCAAGGGACUAAUGAAAGUUUUUAGAAAAUUGGGCAGACUAGAUGGGCCGAAUGGUUCUUAUCUGCCGUCACAUUCUAUGUUUCUAUGUUUCUAUUUACAUUUAGAAUUAUGGUGAUUUGGACAAAAAUACAAUUUGCGAAAAUACACGUUUUGCAAACUUUGCGAUUUAGGUCUAAAUAUAAAUUCUAUUUCUCAGUUUAGUUUAGCUCAGUUCACUGUUUUUAUUGUAAUAGAAAUUCAAUCAGUAGGAAGAGAAUGGUUUGUAUGCAUAGUGCAGCCAAAUAUUUACUGAUAAUUCUAACAUUUGUGACUGUAACACAAGCUAUAUGUGCUGGCUGUAACACACGCUAUAUGUGCUGACUGUAACACACGCUUUACGUGCUGACUGUAAAACACGCUAUACGUGCUGGCUAUAACACACGCUAUACGUGCUGGCUGUAACAUGCGCUAUACGUGCUGACUGUAACACACGCUAUACGUGCUGGCUGUAACACACGCUAUACGUGCUGGCUGUAACACACGCUAUACGUGCUGACUGUAAAACGCGCUAUACGUGCUGGCUGUAACACGCGCUAUACGUGCUGACUGUAACACACGCUAUACGUGCUGACUGUAAAACGCGCUAUACGUGCUGGCUGUAACACGCGCUAUACGUGCUGACUGUAACACACGCUAUACGUGCUGGCUGUAACACACGCCAUACGUGCUGACUGUAAAACGCGCUAUACUUGCUGGCUGUAACACACGCUAUACAUGCUGACUGUAACACACGCUAUACGUGCUGGCUGUAACACACGCUAUCCGUGCUGGCUGUAAUACACGCUAUAUAUGCUGACUGUAACACGCUAUACAUGCUGACUGUAACACACGCUAUACGUGCUGGCUGUAAGACACGAUAUACGUGCUGGCUGUAACACACGCUAUACGUGCUGACUGUAAAACACGCUAUAUGUGUUGACUGUAAGACACGCUAUACGUGCUGGUUGUAACACACGGUAUACGUGCUGACUGUAAAACACGCUAUACGUGCUGGCUGUACCAAGCGCUAUACGUGCUGACUGUAACACACGCUAUACGUGCUGACUGUAACACACGCUAUACGUGCUGGCUGUAAUACACGCUAUACAUGCUGGCUGUAACACGCUAUACAUGCUGACUGUAACACACGCUAUACGUGCUGGCUGUAAGACAUGCUAUCCGUGCUGGCUGUAACACAUGCUAUACGUGCUGGCUGUAAGACAGCCACUAGAGGCUGGUAGACAGCUACUAGAGGCAGUCUUAACCCUGCAAUGUAAAUAUAGCAGUUUCUCUAAAACUACAAUGUUUUACAUUGCAGGGCUAAGGGGGACAGGAAUACUGCACCCAGACAACUUCAAUGAGAUGAAGUGGUCUGGGGGCCUAUAGUGUCCUUUUAAAUUUUGUAUUACAACACAAGAGAUAAGUAGCAACAAAUCUACUUUAGAAGAACUACAUUUGUGAACAUAGUAGAUUCAAAAUAACAUGGGUCUUCUAAUGUUUGGACUAUUCGGUUUCUAACAUCAUAGUAUUGCAAAGGUAAGAGAGCACACAAGAGAGUAAAGAAGUAAAAUAGGACAAAAGUCUAAGCCCUGGCUGGGCGAGUGUGAGGCAGCACCUCCCCAAGGACUACACCACCAGGAGUUGACCAGCGAUAUAUUUUUGAAUGAAGCCUCUCCUGUACACACCCAAUGACUAUGCUUCUAUGACUAUGGUUCAACGGGCCAAAUCCCAUCAUUCCACAAUCAUAAAAACAGAGAUCUUGGUAUGCAUUCAAGCCAUGCUGGGGGAGAAGUAUUUAUACACAGUGGGAAUCUGUUACCUUGGUACUAGCAAAUAUGCAAUAUAGGAUCAGACACCAAGGCCUCGAUUUCAUAUUUCUGGAUAAGAUAUUCAAAUUAUUUAAUAUUUUUGGAUACACUAUUAAAAUGCUGUGCAUUUUUGAAAAAUAUUUUAAUAUUUUAAUAUUUAUAUAUAUAUAUAUAAUUUUUUUUUUUUUGCAUUAUAAAUACAAAAAGUAAUUCACCUUUUACAUAGUUGCAUCUCUGUAAUAAUUGGGUAUUUUUGUGUAAAAGUUUCUUUAAAGGAAUAUUCCAAUGGAUUUUGUAAUAUUUAUUUUACAAUUUAGUAGAUAUGCCACAAAUGAAAACAUGUAUUUAAUUAUGCAUUUUUUUCAUUGGGGAUGUAUCUAAAAUCAAACUUUAAAGCCUUUGCAACUCCAGACCUUCUGUGCCUGCCAAUCAGAGACUUCCCAAUGCAGCUCAAUGACGAGUUUAAGGUAUGUGCUCUGGUCAGUUGCCGCCACUGAGCUUAACAAACCAAGUAACAGAACCAGUUAUGUGAUUGACAUCCAGGGGGCUGUCAAUGUUCAUUUAUAAAAGUGCCAAUUUUUAUUGAAAUCUACACUUGUUGUAAAAUGAAAAAAGAGGACACACUAUUCCCAGAUAAUGUACUUCAGCAGGCUAAAGUGGUGUAGGUGCGUUGAGUGUUUCUUUCAUCUAGUUUAGUGAGUGCACGCUAACCCUCCUAAAGAUAUUAUAGAAGAUAGUAACUAGAGGUUAUCUAUUACAAUCUAGAAAUAAUCAUAUUAAAAAGAUCUAUAGAAAAGACUUGUCCAAGAAUUUUUAGACUCUACUUCCCUUAGGCAUUUAUUCUAAAUACUGUAAAAUAUUCUACUUUAACUUUUCUCUGUGAUGUUCUGGUGGGAAUGGACUUCUGUUUAAAAAUGCAUGAAUCUUCUCACAGUUCUGUUAAUGAAUUCAGAGGUCUCUCGGCGCUUGCUCAAAUCAUCGGCCUACUUUUCUUGCAGGAAGAAUUGGGCGAACUGAUGCAUUUAGUAAAAGAGAGGAAACAGAAAUCUGAGUUAUCGAGCACACAGAAAAAGAGAAAUAACCAUGGAAACAUUAAAUCCAGCCCACGAUGGAACCAAACCAAUAACCUGCAGGCGUAAGUCAAUUGUUUAAAAUUUUACAACCUAUUUAAACGUGCUAUAUUAGACAUAGAGAUGCAUUUAUGAAUUAAUAAAUCCAUGCAGUCAGACUGUAUGCUCUCUAUAUAUAAUAAAUGUAUACAGUCAGACUGUAUACUCCCUACAUUUAAAAAAAAAAAUCUGUACAGUCAGACUGUAUACUCCCUACCUAUAAAAAAUCCAUACAGUCAGACUGUAUACUCCCUACCUAUACAAAAUCCGUACAGUCAGAGUGUAUACUCCCUACCUAUACAAAAUCCGUACAGUCAGACUGUAUACUCCCUACCUUUAAAAAAAAAAUCUGUACAGUCAGACUGUAUACUCCCUACCUAUACAAAAUCCAUACAGUCAGACUGUAUACUCCCUACCUAUACAAAAUCCGUACAGUCUGACUGUAUACUCCCUACCUAUACAAAAUCCGUACAGUCAGACUGUAUACUCCCUACCUAUACAAAAUCCAUACAGUCAGACUGUAUACUCCCUACCUAUACAAAAUCCAUACAGUCAGACUGUAUACUCCCUACCUAUACAAAAUCCGUACAGUCAGACUGUAUACUCCCUACCUAUACAAAAUCCGUACAGUCAGACUGUAUACUCCCUACCUUUAAAAAAAAAAUCUGUACAGUCAGACUGUAUACUCCCUACCUAUACAAAAUCCAUACAGUCAGACUGUAUACUCCCUACCUAUACAAAAUCCAUACAGUCAGAUUGUAUACUCCCUACCUUUAAAAAAAAAUCUGUUCAGUCAGACUGUAUACUCCAUACCUAUAUAAAAUCCGUACAGUCAGAUUGUAUACUCCCUACCUAUACAAAAUCCGUACAGUCAGACUGUAUACUCCCUACCUAUACAAAAUCCGUACAGUCAGACUGUAUACUCCCUACCUAUACAAAUCCAUACAGUCAAACUGUAUACUCCCUACCUAUACAAAAUCCAUACAGUCAGACUGUAUACUCCCUACCUAUACAAAAUCCGUACAGUCAGAUUGUAUACUCCCUACCUAUAAAAAAUCCAUACAGUCAGACUGUAUACUCCCUACCUAUAAAAAAUCCAUACAGUCAGACUGUAUGCUCCCUACCUAUAAAAAAUCCAUACAGUCAGACUGUAUACUCCCUACCUAUACAAAAUCCAUACAGUCAGACUGUAUACUCCCUACCUAUACAAAAUCCGUACAGUCAGACUGUAUACUCCCUACCUAUAAAAAAUCCAUACAGCCAGACUGUAUACUCCUACCUAUACAAUAUCCGUACAGUCAGACUGUAGGCUCCCUACCUUUAAAAAAAAAAAUCCGUACAGUCGGACUGUAUACUCCAUACCUAUAAAAAUCCAUACAGUCAGACUGUAUACUCCCUACCUAUACAAAAUCCAUACAGUCAGAUUGUAUACUCCCUACCUUUAAAAAAAAAUCUGUUCAGUCAGACUGUAUACUCCAUACCUAUAUAAAAUCCGUACAGUCAGAUUGUAUACUCCCUACCUAUACAAAAUCCGUACAGUCAGACUGUAUACUCCCUACCUAUACAAAAUCCGUACAGUCAGACUGUAUACUCCCUACCUAUACAAAUCCAUACAGUCAAACUGUAUACUCCCUACCUAUACAAAAUCCAUACAGUCAGACUGUAUACUCCCUACCUAUACAAAAUCCGUACAGUCAGAUUGUAUACUCCCUACCUAUAAAAAAUCCAUACAGUCAGACUGUAUACUCCCUACCUAUAAAAAAUCCAUACAGUCAGACUGUAUGCUCCCUACCUAUAAAAAAUCCAUACAGUCAGACUGUAUACUCCCUACCUAUACAAAAUCCAUACAGUCAGACUGUAUACUCCCUACCUAUACAAAAUCCGUACAGUCAGACUGUAUACUCCCUACCUAUAAAAAAUCCAUACAGCCAGACUGUAUACUCCUACCUAUACAAUAUCCGUACAGUCAGACUGUAGGCUCCCUACCUUUAAAAAAAAAAAUCCGUACAGUCGGACUGUAUACUCCAUACCUAUAAAAAUCUGUACAGUCAGACUGUAUACUCCCUACCUUUAAAUAAAAAUCCGUACAGUCAGACUGUAUGCUCCCUAUCUAUAGGGUCUGUUUCGUUUCAAGAUGCCCUCUAGCAGGGCCAGAUUAACAAAGGGGCUGAUGGAGCUGCAGCUCCAGGCCCAGGCCCAUUGAAUAGGCCCAUUGAUUUAACACACUACUCUUAGAGUUGCCAGGUAUUUCUCAUAUAUUUCUUAGGGUUGCUAGGUAUUUCUCAGAAGUAUUUCUCAGGUAUUUGAGUCUGCCUAGCCGGUGCCGGUAUUGCAGUAAUACCGGCAAUACAAAUGUCUGUCUCAGUAUAAACAGAGAUUGUUCUGCAAUUCCAACGCCAGCCAGUAGGGGUCGCUGUUUGUGUGGAGAGAGGCAGUGAUAAGAAGUUACGGCAUCUCCCUCCCUGCCUCUCUCUAUUCACUGAGAGUCCAGACAGCAGCUCCGAGACAUGGGGAAGCUGAGACAUUGGGACACUGGGGAACAUGGGGACCCUGAGACACUAGGGACACAGUGGCCCCAUAUCUCCCAGUGGCCCCUAGUCUGUGUCCCCAUGUCUCCCAGCCACUGUCCCUAGUGUUUCAGUGGCCCCAUGUCUCUAAGUGUCCCCUAGUGUCUUAGUGACAUCGGGACACUGGGAGACAUGGGGACGCAGACUCUAAAGGACACUGGGAGACAUGGGGAUACAAACACUAGGGGACACUGGGCAACAUGGGGACACUGAGACACUAGGGUACACUGAGAGACAUGGAGACACUGGGGGACACAGGGAGACAUGGGGACACUGGGCGACUUUGAGACCUUGGAAACAUGAGGCACUUCCAGUGUCCCCAUGUCUCCCAGCCUGUGUCCAUAGUAUCUCAGUAUCCCCAUGUGUCCCUGGUGUCUCUGUGUCUGUAGUGUGCCAGUGUCCCUAGUGUCUCAGUGUUUCCUAGUCUCCUAAAGUCCCCUAGUCUCCCAAUGUCUCACAGUGUCCCCAUGUCUCCUAGUGUCUCAGUGUCCCCUAGUAUAAAAUAAAAAAUCUCAGGCACUCACAGUGAUAGAUUUAGGCAGGUUUAUUGGACACUGCAAUGUUUCGACCUGUACCCAGGUCUUUAUCAAGUCUCAAAUGUCCCCUAUGUAUCAGUGUCCCCUAUGUAUCAGAGUGUCUCAGUGCCCCAUGUCUCUCAGUGCCCCAUAUCUCUCUGCCCGUAGUGUCUCUGUGCCCGUAGUGGCUCAGUGUCCCCUAGUAUAAAAGAAAAAUAUUUCAGGCACUCACUGUGAUAGAUUUAGCCAGGUUUAUUGGACACCGCAACAUUUUGACCUGUACCCAGGUCUUUAUCAAGUCUCCAGUGUCCCCUAUAUCACAGUGUCUCAGUGCCCCAUGUCUCCCAGUGUCCCCUCGUGUGUCACCCAGUGUCCCCAGGUCUCCCAGUGUUCCCUAGUAUCUGUGCCCCCAUGUCUCCCAGUGUCCCCAUGUCUCUCAAUGUCCCCUAGUGUCCUAGUGACAUGGGGACACUGGGAGACAUGGGGACACAGACACUAGAGGACUGGGAGACAUGGGGACACAGACAUGCCCCCUUUUUGUGUAUGUUCGCCCUUUCGGCCGUUCUAGUUAUGGGAUUUGUGUCAGUGGCCCACCGUUUUACCGCAUCCAUAGACUUCCUGCUUUACUGGACACUGCUGUUAGGGGAUAUGGGUUGACUUGAAAGAUGAAAGUGUGAGAUUAGCAAAGGGUAUGUGUUUUCUCAUAGUUGCAUCCUAUGAGUUUCCCUCCAGCAACAUCUCCAUCAGAUACAUGACGCUUAGGAGGUAGGACUGUUUUAGUGUUUUUGGUCAAUAAGAUUUUGUAAUUAGGCCCAUCAUAAUUAUGAACAGCUGGGCUCUUAAUCCGGCCCUGGUAGACAGCCACAGAGGCCAGACUUAGAGCGGUUAUGUAAACAUUGCAGUUUCUCUGGAACUGCAAUGUUUUAUAUUGCAACACUAAGUGCAAAAUGGACAAAGCACCCAGACUACUUCAAUUAGCUGAAGUGGUCUGGGUGCCUACAGUGUCCCUUUAAAACCUAAAAGUAUAAACUUUUCUUAAAAUUAAAAAACAGUCACCUAAAUAUGAUUUUUUUUUUUUUUCACAGGGCAACAUUUCAGCAGCCGGAAACUUCAGAAUCACUAGCAAUGCUAAUAGCAAAUCAGCAGGAACUAAGUAAUGCCAUGCUACAAAUGAACCAAAGACUACAAUCUCUAGAAAGUAUGAUUCAACAAAGAUUACAGGCCUCAGCACCACCAGGUAACAGAAUUAUAGGACACCUGGAAAUUUCUGGUCAAAAUAUAUCAGUGGGAUAUAAGACAACGAGCAGGAAUUGGGAUAAUUAAAAGGACACCCUAGGCCAAUAAAGCAUUUUAGGUUGCUGGAGUGCAUUAGGGCUUAGGGGAUGCUCAAAGCACCAUUAAAUCACUUUUACUUCUGUUUAUGCAGUGCUAGCCACACCUCCCCUGACUGUGACUCACACAGCCUGCAUGAAAAAUAAAAAUGAUCUUUACAGGAAGUGUUGGGGAGACUGUGUGAGUCACAGGCAGGGGAGGUGUGGCUAGGGCUCCAUAAACAAAGUGAGUUAAUUCCUAAAUGGCAGAGAGUUGAGCAGUGAGACUGCAAGGACAUAAUAUAUACACCAAAACUGCUUUAAUAAGCUAAAGUUGUUUUAGUGCUUAGAGUGUCCUUUUUACUGUAUGUUCCAACUGGUUUAUUUUAUAAAAGAGAUAAUUUCAAGAUAUAUUACCAAGCAAUGUUGAUUUGGUGUAGAUUAUUUUUUUUUUUUUUUUUUAAUUCUUUAUUUUUGUAGUGCAAGUUUAGAACAGCAAGCCCAUGUUGCCACAACAGCAGUCACAGGCAUAACAUCAACAUACAUUAUCUGACAUGGCAAGUGAGAGAACUGCACAGUUUUAUAAAUUGAAGCAGAAAAGGUCCGCACAUUCUAUGUUUUGUUAAAAUAACUGAAUGACAUAUGAGCUUGAUCUAGGUAUGCUUGAAUACAGUACUAACAUGGUAACGUUAGAAGUAAACAGGUGAUGGUCGCUAAACCGAACAUAAACUUCGCCUAAUCUGGGCGAUUAAAGAGUUAGGGUGUAGUGUCGCCCUGCUAGCCAGUGUGGCCUCCUAAGGCUAUGUGCCUCAGCUCGCUGAGGUCAAGGACACAGCGACAUGAGUGGUAGGGCUGUGAGUGAUAGGGUUAAUCUGGGUAAGUGUAGCGAGCUCUUGGAAGCAUGUAUCCCAUACCCCUAGCGUAGCUAUAGUUAAGUGGCUAGACUGCGUGUGCUAGUGUGGAUAGUAGGUAUGCAAUUGGGUUGAAUUAACCGACAUAAUGUCAAGCUGUGAUGGAGUGAACCACCCUGUCUUUAUGAGAGGUAUGUGCUAUACAUAUGGUGUAUAAAUGGAUUAGACACGGUGGGCGUGAGAUAGCGAGCUUAGGCUACUUCAUUGUGGCCCAAGGUGCGUAUCACCACUGGAGUGGUAUUCGGGGAGGUCACGGUGUUAAAUGGGCUGUGGUGGAGGACCCUGGGUGUUGUUCAAACUGAUAGUCCCCGAGAGUUCACACCUUUGUGUAGGUGAAAAAAGAAGAAAACGUCCCGGUGAGCAGUCCCAGGCUCAGAGUCCCGGUUCAAGUGGUGGCUGCCGCAUAGGGUUCCGCUGGUCUUUGCCUUGGCACAAAUUCCGGUGCGCUAGCCGAGUGUGUCCCGAGGCUGCAGCUUGUGGGGCCUCUCUGCGCUGAUGCAGCUUCUAGGGUUGACAGUGGGAGGUUUAGCUUCUCUAAUGCCUCUGCGGCCUCUUGUAGGUUCCGGGCCAGCACAGGGCCACUUGCGCUCUCUAUGCUCAGGGUCCGGCCGGGUCCCCAGCGGUAUCGGAUCUGUUGCUGCCGUAGGAGAGAGGUGACCUGCCGGAGGGACCUUCUCCAGGACAGUGUGCCACUCGAUAUAUCCGCAUAGAAAGAGAGGGACAUUUCUUCAAAGGUGUAUGUUGGCCGGCCCUUGAUGGCUUCGAGUACUGCCCUUUUGUCUCUUGCUGUUUGAAAGCGGAGGAUUAUAUCACCGGUGGCCGUUGGUGGGGCUGUAAUCGGCUUUGGGAUGCGAAAAAUCUCAUCCAGCAGGAUCGUUCUUGCCACUUUUGGAGUCAGGAGCGCAGUUAGCAGUCGCCUGGUAAGGUGAGGGAGCUCUGCUUCAGGAAUGGAGUCCGCGACCCCCCUUAGCUUCAGGUUAUUUUGGCGUCUCCUAUCUUCUUGGGUGGCCAAUUGUUGUGUAUGGAGUGUCGCUUGUUUUUUCAGGUCGCUUACCGCUGCUUGCAGUUCCGCAAUCUGGCUUGUGUGGUCUCUGGAGGUGUUUUCCACCGUUCCCAGCCGGGUGCACAGGCCUUGCAGGUCUUUCCGGAUUGUUGCCACCUCCGUUGAAAUUUUUUCAUGGUGGGAGGCCAUGAGUGCCGUGAUAGCCUCCAUGGUGACCGGCGUGUGGGUUGAGGCGGGUGGUCGAGGUUUCUCAGGCAGUGGUGGUAAGCCUGUUGGUAUGAGGCUCCCUUCUCCCUCAUCGGAUGUCUCAUCCGAGAAGUCUGUACAUCCUCCAUGCAGGGACUCCAUUGUUGCGCUCGCGGCCUCAUGGGCCUGUCUCCACAUGUCCCCGAUGUUCAUACCCUGACAGGGCUUGUCGGGCUUUGGCUUCUUCGUUUUUCUGCCCAUUGUUGUCGGGUGUGUUAAGGGCACCUUGGGGUCCGUUGGGCCGUGUUGGGCUUCAAUAUCAGCAGGUUUGUAUAAUUUUAGUUGGGAGCUCCUCGGCCAUGCGACUAUCCUUGUCCGUAGCUUGACUCCGCCUCGAAAUCUAUUUUACUUUUAAAGCACCGUGUACAGCAGGUUACAUUGUUACAUUGAGGAAAGGCAUGUUUCCGACUGUUACUGAAAUGUAUCCCAACUUGCAACACUCCAUUGUGUAUUUAAAUGUGAUAUUAUGGUGUUACCGUUGCUGCCAAGCCUCGGUUUGCUAAAUGUUGUAUGACAGAGCUUAGUAAAUCCUUGAUUUCCCCAUUGUCUUCAUCCUAGGGGUGGUGAUACAUAGGUAUUCUUGAAUGAAGAAAAUUCCGUUAAGGAAACACUGCAGAACUAAUCCAUAGUCAUGAUAUUCUGCUAAUGGAAAUCAAUUAACCCCUUAAGGACCAAACUUCUCACCUCCACGUGUCCAAGAACAACACACCUCACACUUCCUGGUUCUCGGUGUAGAUUAUUUAUACAUUUUUUCAUUAUUAUUUUUAUAUUAUUGUAGAUAAUUGCUCUAAUUGUUACCCUAAAAUAUGAUCAGUGUUAAUAUGUGCAACAAUUAUUUUAAAUGUAUAUGUUACAUCAAUAAUGAAAUGGCCUGUUUAAAAGUCCUGAAUUGUCACACAUUUGGGUUUGUUUCAAUGCUUUUCUAUGAAAAGCAGAUUUUUAGUAGUGUGAAUACUAUAUCUCUAGUGAUACCAGCCGCCACUUAGCAUUUACGUGUAUCAAGAAAGAGGUAAAUUUUCCAAUUUAUUGCCACUGUAGGGACACUAUAAAAAGUUCUCUCAUCAUCUUGGAAAGUUUAAUCAUCCAGAUUAUGGUGUCCUGUUUAGUCAUAUAGCACUGGGGAUAAAUGUGUCUAGUAUAACAUGACAACCAAGUGCUACUUAGUGUUUAGCACCACAUAUUGUGUUUCAGUGGAAGUUGUACAUUUUCACAGCUGUUCAUAUUUAGCGUGGAAACUAUCGAUAACAGAUAAUGAUAACUACUUCCAUUUUAGUAGUUACCAACUAGUAGCUAAAGGAUUGUAACAAACAUUGAAAUGAGUUAAUUGUAUAUCAGACAGGUGUGUGCAAUUAGUAUAUUCUCACCAGUGCUUUUUCUGGUCUCUGACCAUGAAAUAAAAAAGUAGGAUUCUGAUUGGUUGAUUGUAUAAAGAUGACCAUUCCAAAAACAGUUUACAGUGGCUCUGUCACUUCUUUAUCUUCUGCUCCCCCCGACCUCUGUAGGGUCCCCUAGCCAUCCCAAUGCUUGGUGAUGCUAUUUGUUCUGUCCACCCCCCUGCUGCUUCGAGGCAGCUCCCCUAGACUAAAAAAUCCUAAGUCUAUCAGGUCUGUUAAGUCACUAAACUGUGACAAUCAUUAUAAAAAAAAACAAAAAGUGAGUUUAAAAACAAAGUAUAUGCAUUGGCAGCCCGACGCGCGUUUCGGCAGAAAUUCCGUUUUUCUCAAGAUCUGAAAAAAAAUCCACAAAAGGACAGCCAUUUGAAGGUGAAGGUCCCGCCUCCCACGAGGAUAAACAAAUCAUGGGGAUUAUCCUAUUGGUAAGGGUGGAGAUAACUCCCGAAGGGGGAGGAGGCAUAGAUGUCUCAUUGCGGUUGAACAGUCACCGUAUAGGUUUUAAGGUAUAAACAACUUGUUCCUAUGGUAACCAUAAUGGGAGAACGGAUUCAUAUUCAGUCUUGAUGCACAUGUACCCGCCGAUAUUACAGACUAAGUUGUAAAGUGGAUCAUCAACAGUUAUAUGUUGUAAAGCGGAUCAUCAACAGGUAGUAGAAUGCAUGAAGACGCUGGCUGCAUUUCUAUAAUAACCCACAUAUUUAUAUAUAUCGGUCAAUGGGGUGGGAGCAACAAAGAAGGGAGGGGUAAAUAUGUAUCCGCUAGCCUUCGCUUUAAUUAUACCGCACCCGCCUAUAUUCAUACUCAGAUCCUAAGUCCAGGGGUCACUAUAUGAUAUCUCUGCACUGACGCUCUAGAGCAGGGGUGUCAAACAUGCGGCCCCCCAGAUGUUGCUGAACUACAACUCCCAUGAUUCCCUGGCUAUCUGUUUCAUUGAAAGAAUCAUGGGAGUUGUAGUUCAGCAACAUCUGGGGGGCCGCAUGUUUGACAACCCUGUUUUAGAGUCUAGAGGAUAACCCUUUGUCUUAGACAUUUGACAUUUUCUCUAUAUAUGCCUAUUUAGGGUCAAUGUAUUUACAAAUUUUUAAGUAAAAAUAAAUUGUUCCCAUUUAUUCCUAGACUCUUAUUCGAUGGUCAUCUCCUGAUAUUGCUGAUCAUAUCAUUUAGAGGUUUAUUGUAUGUUACAGGCAUCUGAGAUUUACUCUAUCUUAUAUCCAAAAGAUACUUAAGUGAGCAGUUUCUUAGCAUGCGCCCCAAAUAGUGCAUUCAUUAGAAGCUACACGAGGGGUUAAGUCAGUGUUAUAGCCAUCUGUUUUACUUGUAUCCUUUUAGAGUUUAUAGUGACAGUUUAGCGAUACAGAUCUAAGAGAUAUCUAAAUCUUGUAUCUACUAAAUUCUACCCAUAAUUUACUACAUAAAUUAUGUCACAUUUGUAGUUUGUGAAGCCUAUUGAUUACUUGUGAUUUAGACUUUUUAGUCACUUCAUUAUCAUUUGUGUUUUUCACAUCACAUGUAAUUGAUACACACAUUUUUUACAUUUAUUACCCUAUAUUUAAUUUUACAUUGAGGUAUUUCUUGUGGGUUGGUUUUCUUUCUAUAUUUAGGAGUUAACCAUCCUCAUUUGUCUUUAAUAUUUAAUUUAAGGGUUAAGCCCUACUUACCUCUGUUACCUCCAUCCCCGCCCCCGUCUCCCCCCCCCCACUCCAACUCUUAGGAUAGGCUUGUUUCCUGUCCUUUUGUAGUUUUCUUUUCUGUUAUUUGAACUUGUUUCAGUUUAUAUCACAUAAAAGUUAUUUAUAUAGAGAUGUCCCUCAUCCUUUGAACAUCAAAUGCAAAGUAGAUGAGCUACGAGUUAGGGGAAUGAAAGUAACAGGCAUUGUGGUUGUGCUGGAGACAUUGGGUUAAUCCGACAUUAAAGGUUUUAAAAAAGAAAACAAUCUAACACUAUAGCAUAAAAUAAAAGAUGACUCAGUACUAAAUACAGAAGGAGAUCGAUAAUGUCAAACGUCACAGAGACAUCUAAGAGAAUGAGGAAUUAAUAUUGAACGUUUCUGGUAGUUUAAAAAAAGACAAUGUCAUGGAAUUCAGCAGUAGCAGCAACCCAGCAAUUAUGUUUUUAGUUCAUUUAUUUGUAAUUUUAAAAUCAUGAACACUAAACAAAUAACCGAAUAUAUGAUAAAUGAAUAAAUAUGAACUCUAAAGUCAAUGAUCCUGUAUGCCAAUCUUACAAUAAAUCAGUUCAUAUUGUUGAGAUAUUGAAACCUCCUUGUGACCAACAUAUGUGACCCUGUGUGUUCCCACAAAACACCAGAAUUAUACAAACACACAUACUUAUACAGACAAACAAAGACAUAAACAGACAGAGGCAAAGAGCGUCUGUCUGUUUAUGUCUUUGUGUAUCUCAGUCAUCGCUCUGAUAGUAAAUCAUCAUGUACACUUUUGCUGUGUUACUGUUCAUGUUAUUUGAAUAUUCAUGCGUAUGAGUUUAGCAGAAAUACAAUAGUUUCUAAUUAAGUGAUUAAAAUUUAUUUUUUAAUCCUUAAAUCAAAGUGUAAUUAAUGCAUACUGUAGUUUAGUUUUGAAAAAAAAAAUGUGUGCAUAGAUAGAUACCUUGAGAGCACUCCAAGGACUUUGGCUUAUGUUUCAAUUAAAUUAAAUUGAGACCAAUGCGUCCAAGGCAAAGAGAUUUUGCCAGGAAUUAUUACUGUGUCUAGUUAAAGGGACACUAAAGGCACCAAUUAAACUUAAGUUUAAUGAUGCAGUUUAAGUGUAUAGAUCAAUUCUCUGCCAGUUAGGAGUUAAAUCCAUUUGCUUAUGCAACCCUAACCACACCACUCCUGACUGAGACACAAACAACCUCCCUAAACACUCCCUGAAAAUUAGUCUAAAUUUUUUAGCUUCCCUUAUUACAAGUGUGUUUAAUUUAGAAUGUCAUAUCUCAUGGUCUGUUAAUAGCCUGCUAAAAACUGCAACAGUUCCACGUGUGAUUAAAUUUCAAUUAACAAAGUGGGAGAUAAAACGUCUAAAGUAAACAUACUGUGCUGUUAGAUCUGAUUGAAAAUGAAACCAUUUUUUCAUGUUGGCGGUGUAAGUCAUAGCCAGGGGGGAUGUGACUAGGGCUGUAUUAACAGAAACCAAUGUGUUUUAACAUUUAAAUGGCCGAGAUCUGAGCAUUGACACUGCAGGGGCAUCACGUAUACACAAAAACUACUCAAUUAAGCUGAAGUUGUUUUGGGGAUUUAAUGUCAUUUUAACAAAAGACUGUAAGCAGAAAACCCCUACAGCGUGUUGUAGAGGUUUUGGUGCCAGAAGCCUCAAAAACCAAACCACAGUAAGUAGUAAACUGUUUAAGAAAUGUUGUAGGGCCAUUGGAUAAUCGUUCUUAACUUACUCCCCAGGAUCAGUUUAAAGGACCACUAUAGGCACCCAGACCACUUCAGCUUAAUGAAGUGGUCUGGGUGCCUGGUCCAGCUAGGUUUAACCCUUUUUUUUAUAAACAUAGCAGUUUCAGAGAAACUGCUAUGUUUACCUAUGGGUUAAUCCAGCCUCUAGUGGUUGUCUCAUUGACAGCCGCUAGAGGCGCUUCCGCGCUUCUCACUGUGAAAAUCACAGUGAGAAGACGCCAGCGUCCAUAGGAAAGCAUUGAGAAUGCUUUCCUAUGGACUGGCUGAAUGCGCGCGCGUCUCUUGCUGCGCAUGCGCAUUCAGCCGGUGACAGAGGAAGAGGGAGGAGAGGAGGAGGAGAGCUCCCCGACCGGCGCUGGAGAAAGAGGUAAGUUUAACUCCCAGCGGGAGUGGGACCCUCAGGGCUCUAUAGUGCCAGGAAAACGAGUAUGUUUUCCUGGUCCUUAAAGCCAGUUUAACAUAAUAUAUAUAUUUUUUUUAUUACUCUUCACAUAAUCUUGCUUUGUACAGAAGGAAUUAAGUAUUGAAACUCAAGAUGGAUGUAGGGGAACAAAACUUGUGUAGACUGGCUGACAAUGUAAAGGCAAUAGCAAUCACAUUGUAGCAGAAUAGAUAGAGGGGACGAUACCUGCCUGGAAGAAGGGCUGAAGCCUUGGUGACUGGGGUUGAAGUGCUCCAGGCUCUCUCUCCAACGGCUAGGAAGCGGUACUCAGUCAAAGUACAGGAGCUCCGUCACAAAUUACUUCUGUUGAUAAAUCAUUUAAAAAAAAAUUCUAAAAUAAUGUGAUUGUUUGACAAACUUAUCCAAAAAUAUUAAAUCAAGGGCUUUGUAGCACGGGAAGCGUUGAGUGUCAGCCACAGUCCGGAUCAUUGUUUAAUGCAGAUUCUCAUUCUAUUUCCCAGGGUCUGUGCCCUCAAUUAACCGGGAACAGGUAGAAACCCAGCAAAACCGAGCAUUUCCUGACACGUGAGUACAGAUUUUUAUUAGAUAUAAAAUGUUUGUGAUGUUUUAGAUGUAAUGUGACUGUUUUGGUAAAGCACACUCAUAGAAAGACAACCUAUAUCAAAGGGUAACGCCAACCACUAUGACCACUUCUUUUUGAAGUGGUCAUGGUGUUGGAGUCUGGAUAUGGAGUGUUUCAACUUGAAACACUGCCUAUCUAGCUAUAUUUUUAAUUGCGUGCUGGGGACUAGUUACAUUCCCAGCAAACGUAAUGUAGCCAGCCCAGAACUCAUGUAGGAGCCCAAACAUUGUCUCCAUUUCUCUGUUCCAACUAAAAACUAAAUCUUAGAAGAAACCAUCAGGUGUGCCCGGAUAUCUGUAUCUACUAUCACUGGAUAUUCAUGGGAACUUGGCCCUACCUUUCUGGAGCAUCCUGGUUGAAUGUGUGGGCACCAUCCUCUACUAUUGUAGGCAGAACUCUGUUGCUGGCUGCCUCAUGUCAACUGUGUGCAGAGCUUGCUCCCUAUCAGGAGUGAAUUGGCCGGUAGACGUGCAAUUCGUUUCAUUCCGAAUAUUAAUUCCGACGAAUUUCGGGCAAUUCGGACAUUCGGAUACUUCCGAAUGUACGAAUAGCUGAAUUUCCGAAGUGACAAAGUGCCGAAGUUCCGAAGCACAGAAUUGCCGAAGUACUAAUAUGCCCAGUGGAAGAAUGAAGACUGUUACACUGUAUACCAGUUUAAAUAACAAGUAUACAAACAUAGCCAGGAUUCAGCUGUAAGCAUUUGCAACACUUUCCCAAUUAAUUUUCCCACGCUGUGUAAUUUGACUCAUAACACUCUGAUUGGUUGAUUGAAAGCAACCCAUCAGAGAGUUAUGAGUCAACUGAUGACUCCAACACCUUCUAUAUCAUGGUGUGGAACUGCAUUGAUUGAUGGACUGCUACUCCCAUAUUUCCUAGCCAUAGACUAUCAAAGAUAUGAGUGGUUUUUGAAGUUCAGUAAUAGAUGGUCAGGACAAGCACUGCCCACCGCAACCUGGUUUCUGCUCUGUAGAAAGGGAUAAGCAAUUGCAAGGAAGUGUAUUUUUUAACAGGAAAUAAACUGUGCUAGACGUAACUUCGUAAUUCAACAUUUAGAAUUUAGUGCCGAAGUUCCGAAGUUCGGAAUGCCGAACCGAAUAUGUUUCCCAUUCAUAUCACUAUUGGCUGGUGCAGAGAGUGUGCACACACAAUUCAAAUUUUCUGUAUAAGGAAUUUUUUGACCUUUUAACCAAUAAUAUCCCAUACUUGUUGUCAUAUUAUAGAAGGACAUUUUAAGUGUGGCCCACACUAAGCACCAACACCAUCUUAAUGCAGUUUUUUCAUACAUAUAUGCUGUCCCUUUAGUCUAGCAAUGUAAGACAUUGUCAUUUCCGAGCCAGACAGCCACAAGAGACAUUUCCUCUUUAAAAUCUUCACUUUUUAAGCAUCUUUAUGGUCAGCAUCAUCAUCCAUAUUUGUUAUAGAAAAUCAUUGGAUUGGCGACCCACACUGACUGAUGCACAUGCUUUGUAGCACCGUACUGAUUUCCUAUUAAAAUAGAACUUUUUGGUUCGAACAAAAUUUAUCAGAACUGACAAUAACUUCAUCCAAGGAGGAGCAACUAUGGCAAGCAUUGUGUCAUGGGAUUAUAGGUAAGUUUUAUAGCAUGUAUUUAAACGUGUUUACUACAUGGGAAGCCCGAAUAGUCUAAACUAAGAAAGUAUAACUCUAAUGUGUAAAAUUAAUGUAAUUAUUUUUAAUCUUAGAGAGUUCAUUUCAGGUUUCUGCUAGGUCAGGCUCAACGCAUUCAAAUUAAAUAUAAAUUCUUUUUGGCUUCACGGGUUUAAUUUACUGAGUGGCGGCUGUGAUCCAAUAAUAUGUUGGCUAACUCAUACUUCUUAUUGAUGUAUUUUGUUACUUUCUGUCUAAAGUCUCAUGGGGCACAGUGGUAACAUUUGUUAUUUAGAAAGGCUUUGCAAUCUUCUUAAAGGGCCACUCUAAGCACCUUAACCACUACAUCUAUGCCACCUAGUUUUUAUGUCAGACCACAACGUGACAUUUUUGCCACCUCCUCUGCAGACACACUAAUAAUGGAGAAAUUAAUCUGCCGCAUUACCAAUGUGAAUUUAUCCAAGCUUGAUGGCAAAGAGUAUUGGGAUAAAACAAAUACCUUUUUAAACAUUUGUCCAUUUUGAUAAUAGUAAGUAAUGAUUUCAUGCCUUUAUUGUGUCAACCCUACCACUAUCAUUUUGGUUUAGUCUGGCAUUGGUUAAAUCUUACCAGGUGCCAGUCUUAAAAAGCAGGAAUAUUUUUACUUGAGGUUCCACAUAUAGCCACUGGUGGGCACAUAGGAUAGAGUGGCUGGCAGCCAUGUUUUUAGGACCAUUUAAAAUAUUUUUAUUUUAUUUUUUGGAAGAACUAAUAUGUGUGAAAUAUAACAUGCAAAUGCUUAGUGUUCAACCGGGUUAGCUGGGAUUUUGUGUGUAUUUCACAAUGGUCUUUGGGACAUUGCAGAGACAAAGUAUGACGAAUCAUAUUGAGAAAUAUAGUACAACAAUUGGAGGGAAAAGUCAUUUAAUGACCCCUUUCUACAAGUUAAUUUUCUCACCAAUUCCAAGAGAAACAAAACCUGUUAAAUAAUUCUCCUGAAAGAGAUCUGAUUUGAAAAAUGAAAAGCAAAAUCAGAUUCUACAGUUUAAAUUCAAAGUUAACAUCGUUUGCCUGUGUUCUUUCUUUUUGUCAUUUUCUUUUCAAAUUGGCAGUAAAAUUUCCUAUUAAAUCAUCUACUUGAUUUGGUUAAGAUGAAACAAUCAAAUUCAUAGACAAAUGCCCCACUAACUGCAAAUGAAAAAAGGAUCUGAACUGAUCGGACAUUAAUUGAAUGUAUUUCAGUUAACUGUUGAAAUGUAUUUAAAUAUGUGAUUUCUAAUCUUAGCAGCCCAAAUAUUUACAAACUGCAUUUCCCUUGCUGCUUGGACAAACUUGCUGCUUGGACAAACUUAAAGGGACACUCCACUGCCCAAAUACAAAUCACUGUUAAGUAGAUUUACCCCAAAUGAAAACUUGCAUGAAUUUCAUUGGAGUUAUAUCUAAAAACAGCUUGCAAAACCUGCAGAUCUCUUGUCUGCAGCCUUUGCAAGCCCUUCUCUUCUAAUGGGUAGAAGAGGAGGACUUGCAAAGGCUGCAGAAAAGAGAACUGCACACGGGUCAGAAUUUUCAGCUAUUUCUGCUUAACCACUUGUAAAUUAAUUGUGUUAGUAAGCUGGGUGAUCCAGACAUCUGGGAUUGUAAUUAACCCUUAAGGCCUCUAGUUAAGCACCCCAAUUUAACCCCGUAAGGACACAUGACAUGUGUGACAUGUCAUGAUUCCCUUUUAUUCCAGAAGUUUGGUCCUUAAGGAGGUAAAGGGACACUCCACUGCCUACACACAAAAUUAAUCAAAAUCAUUGUUUAGUAGAUAUACCCUAAAUCAGUGAUGGCGAACCUAUGGCACGCGUGCCACAGGUGGCACGUCGAGCCCACUCUGUGGGCACGCGGCCAUAGGUCGCCGGAGGGAGGGAGAGUGUGCUCCGCCGGCGCAUCCAUAAGGCGGCACAAGUGGCCGCCUUAGGGUGCACCGGCCCGGCGGGCGCAAAGCCGGAGUGACCGGCAGGAGGUGAGCGCAGAGCGUUCCCUCCUGCCAGGCACUCUGUGUAGCGUGGCCGAGCGCACCGCGGUACAGGAACUUAUGUUUCCUGUACCCGGGCGGACGGAAAUGAAGUGCUCACAGAGAGAGCACUUCCUGUCCGCCGGGUACAGGAAACAUAAGUUCCUGUACCGCGGUGCGCUCGGCCACGCUACAAGGUAGGAGCUCAAGGAGGAAGGAGGGGGGACCUGAGUGGGAGAGAGAUGGGGGGACUGAACUGAGGGAGAGCUAUGGGAGGGGGGGAGAUGGGGAAACUGAGGGGAGAGCAUAUGGGGGAACUGAGGGAGAGCUAUGGGGGGAACUGAGUGAGCGGGCUGAGCUGGGGAACUGAGGGAUGGGGAGGGAACUGAGGGAGAGCCAUGGGAGGGGGACCUGAGUAGUAGAAAGAUGGGGGAACUGAGGGAGAGCUAUGGAAGGGACUGAGUGGGAGGAGAGAGAGAGAGAUGGGGGCUAAACUGAGGGAGAGAUGGGGGGCUAAACUGAGUGGGAGAGAGAUGGGGGGCUAAACUGAGUGGGAGAGAGAUGGGGGGGAACUGUGGGAGAGAUAUGGGGGGGGAACUGAGGGGAGAGAUAUGGAGGGGGAACUGAGUGGGAGAGAUGGGGGGGACUGAGGGAGAGAUGGGGGGGAAACUGAGGGAGAGUUAUGGGGGGGAACUGAGGGAGGUAUAGGGGGAGAAAACUGAGUGUGGGACGGGGGGAGAGGGGGGACGACAUACACACAGCACCCCUGCCCUACACAUAUCACCCCACACAAAGACACCCACACAUCACCCUACCCACACAUCACAUCACCCCACACACACACACACAAACACAUACAAUGUACCCCUCAAUGCAGUGUGUGUACACUCAGCAGUCUGUCUGUGUGUGUACACUCAGCAAUCUGUCUGUGUGUGUACACUCAGCAAUCUGUCUGUGUGUGUACACUCAGCAAUCUGUCUGUGUGUGUACACUCAGCAAUCUGUCUGUGUGUGUACACUCAGCAGUCUGUGUGUGUGUGUACACUCAGCAGUCUGUCUGUGUGUGUACACUCAGCAGUCUGUCUGUGUGUGUGUGUGCGUGUGUAUUUAGCAGUCUGUGUGUGUAUUCAGCAGACUGUGUACUCAGCAGUCUGUGUGUGUAUUCAGCAGUCUGCUAAGUACACAGACAGACUGCUAAGUACACAGACAGACAGACUGCUAAAUACACACACAGAGAUGUUAAUUAGUUCGGACAACUGUAUGAGUUGUUUUUUCAAAACUUAAACCUCAGUAUUCAGGUUUAAAUGCCGUUUUGGCACUUUGAGGGAAAAAAAAUUGGCAUGUAUUACGGUUUGGGCACUCGGGCUCAAAAAGGUUCGCCAUCACUGCCCUAAAUGAAAUCUUGGAUGCCUUUUAGUUAUGGAUUUUUUCAAUGGACCUAUAUCUAAAAACAGCUUGAAAAACUGCAGAUCCCCUGUCUGCUGCCUUUGCAAGCACUCCCCCCGCCCCCCAAAUUUUAUGUGACUAAAAUCACAGGCUUCCCAAUGCAGCUCAAUGAGAAGUCUUUGCAAGGCAGGUGCUCUGGGCAACUGCUGCCUCUUACAUUCAGUGCAAAUAAGCCAACCAAACCAAGAACUAAGAGGACCUGUUGUCUGCUUGAAAAGCCAGGGGGGUGUAACCAAUAUAAUUUGUGAGAGCAUCAAUUUCUAUUGAAAUAUGCACUAUUUCCAAAAUGAAAAAAAGAGAGGGUCCACUCUUCACACAUAAAGGUUUUCAGCAAGCUAAAGUGCUUUAGAGGUCUGGAGUGUCCUUUUAAAAUUGCUCCUUUUUCUUUAUGAAAAUCAUUAGAAUUUUUUUUUAAAUGUAGAUUAUCUUUUUUCCACGAUUUUGAGAUUAUUCAUCCCUCCCAUAAAACAACUGAGAUGAUCUGAUUCAGGAAUCUUGUGAUUUGUGAAUUGAUAUGCAUUAAAUGCCUUAGAUGUGCCUCAGAACAUAGUCAUGAUAAUAGAGAGCCCAAAUACACACACACACAAAUAUAUUUGUAAAGUAGGUAUUUCAACAAUACAUUUGUAUGAGUGAAUGUAAAUCUGUGUGUGUGCAGUGCCAGAGCGUCCAUUAGGCAGCACAGGCGGCCGCCUUAGGGCGCAAGAGCAGGGGGAGCAAAAAUCCAAACCCCCUGUCUCUGGCUCUGGCUCCGGCCCUGCCUAUGGCUGGCGACUCAAUAUUUUUCAUAUUACUUCUCUCUCCCUGCUGCCGGCAGUCAGUGGAGUCAGCCGUCCUCUCCUGAUGAGGUCAGGAGGAGAGGGAGUGACUGCCACUGCUCUUCUCCCAGGACCGCUGGGGAGUCUGCGAGAAGAGCAGUGGAAGUCACGCCCCCUCCUCCUGACAUCAUCAGGAGAGGCCAGCCGACUUACCAGGCUGCUGUAUGCUACCGCCAGCUCCUGUUCCACUCCUCCCUGGCCUAACGUAAGGAAUGCACUUUUGUUUUUUGUUAAAUCCAUUUUUUUAAAGCAGUGCACCCCUCUACAGCACCGAUGCCCUAACCACAGCCCCUGCCUCCCUCAACAGCUCAUGCCUGCCCCUGUGCCCCCCACCAAUGCCUAUGUGCCCUCUUUCAGCCCCUGUCCCCUCUCUCAGCCCCUGUGCUCCUACCACAGUUCCGGCCUCCCCCCAUCCCCUGUGCCCCCACCACAGCCCUUGUGCCCCCUCUCUCAGCCCCUGUGCCCCUACCAAAGCUUCUGUGCCCCCCACCACAGCCCUUGUGCCCCCUAUAGCCCACUUGCGCCCUGCCACAUCAAGGCAAGCCUCAAUAGGUGAGUUCCUACACUAGCCAUUAGAUAUGCUGAUAUCAGCCAAGAAUAUCCAGUAAGACAGGAAGGGGUAUUUUAUAAACCCUCUCAUCAAGUUAUAGAAAUUAAUGGUACUAUGCUUGAUGGGAAAUCCAGAGAGAUGUAUCCCCUUUUCAUUCUUAGAAAUGACUUGCUUUAUAGAGUGAUAAAAGAUGAGGGGCUAGAGAUUGAACAGCUUUUGGUACCCAGAUCUUUCAGAAGGAAGGUGUUAGAUCUGGCUUAUUCUCACUUAUUGUGGGGGCACCUGGGGGUUGAAAAAACUCAGGAAUGGAUUCUAAGGAGAUUUCUGGCCUGGGGUAUAUGAAGAGGUACUGCGCCUCAUGCCCAGACUGCCAACUAGCAACCCCAAAACCUCACUUAAGAGCACCCCUAAUCCCAUUGCCUAUAAUUGAAACCCCUUUUGAGCGAAUUGCUAUGGAUUUGGUGGGACCAUUGGAAAAGUCAGCAGGGGUAAUCAGUACAUUUUGGUUGUAUUGGAUUAUGCCACACGCUAUCCAGAAGCUAUUCCUCUUCACAAUACUGCUUCCAAAACCAUAGCAAAAGAAUUGCUCCAGGUAUUUUCUUGGGUAGGGUUACCAAAAGAGAUUUUAACUGACCAAGGUACCCCUUUUAUGUCCCGACUAAUGAAAGAGCUAUGCCAAUUAUUGCAAAUAAAAGCCUUGAGGACAUCUGUGUACCAUCCUCAAACCAAUGGCUUAGUAGAAAAAUUCAAUAGAACCCUAAAACACAUGUUGCGCAAGGCUGUAGGUCGAGAUGGGAAAAGUUGGGACACUCUCUUACCAUAAUUGCUGUUUGCUAUUCGGGAGGUUCCCCAAUCUUCAGAAGGGUUUUCCCCUUUGGAGCUCCUUUAUGGUAGACACCCAAGGGGUCUAUUAGAUAUAGCAAAGGAAGAAUGGGAAGAACAAACAGUACCUGGAAAGAAUGUGAUUCACUAUGUAGAUCAACUCAAAGAGUGCAUUACACAAAUUUCUCUAAUAGUCAGGCAAUACCUGGAAGAAGCUCAAAGGAGCCAACAGGUAAACUACAAUGGUCAGGCAGUAGUAAGGUCCUUCCAACCUGGGGACCGAGUGAUGGUACUUGUUCCCACAGCUGAGAGAAAACUCCUGUCUCAUUGGCAAGGCCUGUACAAGGUUAUUGAACAAGUAGGGCCAGUAAACUAUAAAAUUAGACAGCCUAAUUGUAGGAAAGUUUAACAAGUUUACCAUAUAAACUUAUUAAAGGCCUGGAAGGAUAGGGAAAGCUGUAUGAUUGCUGUAGACUAAUCCCCAAUUGUUGACGUUAGUAUAUGCGCUGAUCUCACCCCUGAACAGCAGAUGGAAGCCAAAGAAAUGAUAUCCAGAAAUAAAGAUGUAUUUUCUAGCAUUCCUGGCAGAACUAGUGAAAUCUGCCAUGACAUUAUCACAGAACCAGGAAUUACAGUAAAAUUAAAGCCCUAAAGAAUUCCUGAGGCAACAAGGGGGGCGAUACAUAUGGAAGUAGCAAAAAUGCUCGAACUAGGAGUUAUUGAGGAGUCACAUAGCCAGUGGUCUAGCCCCAUAGUUUUAGUACCUAAGCCAGAUGGGUCAGUACGUUUUUGUAAUGAUUUUGGAAAACUUAAUGAACACUCUAAAUUUGAUGCCUAUUGUGACGGAUCUUCUGCCCAAAACCAGUUCCACAGAGUCUUCUUUCCUGGAGAUAAUUGGGAAGUAAUCCAAUUAUCUCCAAGGACAGAGGCAAAACUCCAUUAACCACAUGGCAGUAAAAUGACAGUAAAUCACAUAGAACAUACACAUUCGACCUAUCCCCAGAUAGCUUAGAUCUCAGCGCCCAUUACUACUGGAUGGCGCUCAGAUCACAUGCAUACAGUUCAAUCGCCAUGGAGCCAAACUCUUUCCCAUAGUCUUUCGGUAUACGAAUGGGCUCCAUGGCUUAGCUAUCUGGGGUAACACUGCUCACAUAGGGAAAAUAAAAGGUUUUUAAUGCAAGGCCAUAGUCCAGCGGCAAGAGGUGGGCAACCAGGCUCCUCCAGUGCAUAGUGGCGAGGUUGGUUCCGCCACACCUAUCCUAUGCCCCGAGUGGACGAACUUAUUGAGAAACUGGCACAGGUCAGGUUUCUAAGUGUUCUAGACCCAACAAAAGGAUAUUGGCAGAUCCCGCUGACAAAAUCAGCUAAAGAGAAGACUGAGUUUGUGACCCCUGAGGGUCUGUACCAGAAUACGGUCUUACCAUUUGGGCUUCAUGGAGCCCCAGCAACCUUUCAGAGGUUAAUUAACUAACUGCUAAGACCUCACUCCAGGUAUGCUUCAGCAUACUUAGAUGAUGUAGUCAUCUAUAGCCAAGACUGGGUCUCCCAUUUGGAAAAGGUAGAAGCAGUAUUAAACAGCAUAAGGAAAGCUCUCCAAAUGUUCCACUGGUUGUAUGGAAGCCAAAUAUCUUGGCUAUACUGUAGGGAGGGGACUGGUAAAGCCACAAAUGACUAGGGUUGAGGCAAUUGAAAAUUGGCCACGUCCUCUAAGAAAGAAGCAGGUUAAAGCUUCCUUAGGAUUAGUUGGCUAUUAUAGACGCUUCAUUCCCGACUUUGCAACCCGAGCUGCCCAUCUCACUGAUUUGAUUAAAGCAAAGGCGCCAGAUACAGUGAAAUGGAAUGAUAAUGCAGAAACGUCUUUUACAGAUUUGCGUACAGCUUUAUGCAUGUACCCUGUUUUGGUAGCCCCAGAUUUUAAGAAGCAUUUCUUUUUGCAAACCGAUGCUUCCGAUGUAGGCCUGGGGGUGGUACUGUCUCAGAUGAUUGGUGAUGAAGAACACCCAGUGCUAUUUCUAAGUCACAAGUUACUCCCAAGAGAGCAAAACUAUGCGACAGUAGAAAAAGAGUGUCUAGCCAUUGAAUGGGCAACAGAAACAUUGAAAUAUUAUCUGUUGGGCAGAUCUUUCACCCUUAUCACUGACCAUGCUCCACUACGGUGGAUGCAGAACAAUAAAGACAAGAAUGCUGAGGUCACCCGUUGGUUCCUCUCUUUGCAACCAUUUAAAUUCUUUGUAAAGCACAGGGCUGGUCUACUGCAUGCUAAUGCGGAUGCAUUAUCUAAAGUGCAUGACUUUUCGGCUAAGGCCGCUUCACACACCAGUGUUAAGCUGGGGGGGGAGGGGGAAGAUAUGUGGCAGGGUCAGAGAGGCUUUUUAUGUUAGUAAUAGAUUGGAGCGCUCUCUAUUCCCAGCAUGAUGGGGUUAAUUGGUGGGAGUCACCCCUUGAAUGUCAUCAACCAGGUGAAUGUAAUUAACCAGCAAUAGGGUUUUAAAAGGUUAGCCUCUGAAGACAUGGGGGAAUCUAACAGCUGGGAGAGAGGAGGCAGUUAAACCUGAGACUCUGAGAAAAAGGUACUGUGUGAAACCUGCUUAAAGUGCUGUAUUUCAUUUUGUUUAAAACUGGGAACCAGAUUAGCUGGCCGGUUGAAUAGUUAGUAAUACUGUUGUUUAGAAAGUCUCCAAGUUGGAGUAGGAUUUAUUUUUUUUUUGUUUUAUUUUUGUGGGAGAGCACAACCUUGUAUAUAUUGUAGAAAGUGACAAUAAACUGCAGUACUAUUUUAUCCUGACUGUUGCAUUUGAAGUUUAUUGUGAAGAGCCUGGCCGUCCUGUCACAGUGUGUAUAUAUAUAUCAAAGUGUGUGUCAGUUUAUACGAAUGCAUGCAUUUAUUUGGAUGUGAAUGUGUGUGAAUAUGAAUGAAUGUGUAUGUAUAUCAAUGUCAAUAUGUACCGUAUUUUCCAGCGUAUAAGACGACUGGGCAUAUAAGACGACCCCCAACUUUUCCAGUUAAAAUAUAGAGUUUGGGAUAUACUCGCCGUAUAAGACUACCCCUCUUCCAAUGCACACCAAAUAAAAAUUAGCCAUGAUGUACAGCAAGACAUUAAAUAAUGAUAAUCUGAAGCAUUUAAAGCCCAGGUAUGUGCCAGGCUGUUUGGGCAUAUAAUCUUUAUGCCCUAUAAUUAUUUUUAUUCUUUUUACUCCCCCCACCCCCAAUCCUCCCUACAUUCUUCUCACCUCCCCUUCCCUGUGCAGAGUGGGUGGCCGAGCUCCUCUUCGUCCUGUCAGUCAGUGUGCACUUCCUUUCAGUCCGGCCGGGAACAGGUAACUGAAUCUCCUGUACCGCGCGGUACCCGGCCGGACUGACAGGACGAAGAGGAGCUCGGCCACCCACUCUGCACAGGGAAGGGGAGGUGAGAAGAGAGGCAGUGCGGCAGCCGUCUGAGCGUUCUCUAUAGAGCGCUCAGGCGGCUGCAGCAUUAGAAGGGCCGGCGAUGGGGGCGCAGGGCGCCCCCGGCAGCCAUAUAGACCCUAUACCCGGCGUAUAAGACGACCCCCGACUUUGGAGAAGAUUUUCCAGGGUUAAAACGUCAUCUUAUACGCCAGAAAAUACAGUACUUGUAAUUUUCCUAACUAAAAGGUAUUAGGGGGGUGCAGAGUUAGCCAGAAAAAAAAAAAUUCUGCAACUCAGGGGUGCCACAUAACUUAAAUUAUAUGAUUUUAUCUGCUUUAACGUGUUAUUAAUCAGAAAUACAAAAUGAUUUACCACAAUUUUUAUUGUUCUUUCAGAAGAAUUAAUAUUCUCACUGGGAAGAAAUAUGAUCAGGAUGCGUCACACAAAUAAAUGAGAAGAAAAACAUACAGUGAGAAACGAGAACACAAUAUUCACAAUGCAACAG